CCCCGCCCCCUCCCUGUGUGAUUGCCCUUUGGUCAGACUGUGCAGGGCCCAUGCUGUGUCUUAAUUAUAGGACGACCAAGGUGAUCUGACUUUCUCCUGAUAUUACAGCUUCAUGGUGCAUGGCUGAAUCAUUUCAAUGUAGAUCGUGCUUUAAUAAAAACUAUAAUCUUAUCAGGGGAUAGCUAACAAAAUACCUGGGGGGAGGAGGGGGAGGGGAGUUUUUUAAGUAAUAAUUACAAUAAAAUGUGAUUUAUUGGUUCUAAUCUUGCUUGUUUAAUAGCGUGCUUGGAUUAAUUUAUAUGUGUUUAAUUGUUAAUAAUAGAAAUAAUAAUUUAAAUCUGAAUGGUAAAAUUUAGGCAAAAGUAGCCAAGCUGUGACUAUAGCGGAGGGUGAGAAUGUUUUAUUUAUUUUAAAUAUAUAUAUAUAUAUAUUAUUUUUUUUUUGCCUUACAGCUUAUAUUUCUUUACUGUUUCGAGUUCAGUGUACACGCCAGAUUCGCCUUUAAACAAUUGUUUUGGUUAACACUUAGCCAGAUGCCAAUUUAAAUCUGUGGACGGAUUAUGUGCUCAUGGCGUGCAAAAAAAUUAUUGCAUCCAUGUCUGCACUCUCAGUCUAUGCACAAUGUCCUAUCUUGAACAUGUGUGAUGGUAUUACAUUGCUAAGAGUAAACAGAGUAUGUAUAUGUAUGUGUACAAUAAUCAAAGGUGAUGGGCACUGUUUAACAGAACCUUCAAAACAAAUUUUAAAAAAAGUAAAUAUCCUUCACACGCAGCAAUGCUGUGCUGUGGGCGGAGAAUCUUUUCUGUGCUAAGUACUAUAUAAAUAUAUAUAUAUAUAUAUAUAUAUAUAUAUAUAUAUAAAAAUAUAGUGACUGUUCUAAUAAGAACCAAUAGUGACAAGUGGUGAGCGCUAAAAUAAGGUUUUAAGCUUACCCUGAAAGGUUAAGCUGUACAGUCAAGAUGGUAACUGAACGUAAAAGAGAUUCCGGUAACAUAGGCUUAGACGUAUAACGGUAAAGUAAGAUGUUCUUUCUAAGGUGGAUAGGAUAUCCUCAUGUAUAAAAAGACAAAAAAGGAGGGAAGGGGAAUACAGCCAAUCCUGGUGCAUUACCUCUUAAAAUACAAGUGAGUGAAAACACACAGUGGCCUCUCACCUUCUUAGGUGCCCUAGUAUAGCAGCAUAUGUAUCAUUUAAAGGAGAUACAACCCUUCUUUAGCAGUAGCAAUGUUGAAUACUCCACAGGACAACGUUUCCAGGUGUGAUGCAAUUUAUUAAACAAACAAAUUUAAAUAAAUGAAUGCAAGCAUAAUCUGAAAAACGUAUCUGCUUAAAGGACCACUAUAGUGCCAGGAAAACAUACUCGUUUUCCUGGCACUAUAGUGCCCUGAGGGUGCCCCCACCCUCAGGGACCCCCUCCCGCCCGGCUCUGGAAGGGGGAAAGGGGUAAACACUUACCUUUUUCCAGCGCUGGGCGGAGAGCUCUCCUCCUUCUCUCCUCCUCCGUUCCUCCUCCUCGGCUGAAUGCGCACGCGCGGCAAGAGCUGCGCGCGCAUUCAGCCGGUCGCAUAGGAAAGCAUUUACAAUGCUUUCCUAUGGACGCUGGCGUGCUCUCACUGUGAAAAUCACAGUGAGAAGCACGCAAGCGCCUCUAGUGGCUGUCAAUGAGACAGCCACUAGUGGAUUAGGGGGAAGGCUUAACCCAUUCAUAAACAUAGCAGUUUCUCUGAAACUGCUAUGUUUAUUAAAAAAUGGGUUAACCCUAGCUGGACCUGGCACCCAGACAACUUCAUUAAGCUGAAGUGGUCUGGGUGCCUAGAGUGGUCCUUUAAUGUGGAGUCCGAGACGCAUUUCGCUGGUCCAGCUUUAUCAAUCUGUGUACUGAGUGCUGCUGCUUCCCACCAAAUGUCCAACUGUGCCAGUAAUUCUACCAAUCACGAGAGUUGUUCGGAGGUGGGGGGAGUGUGUGACGCUUCACCUGGUAAUUUAACCCGUCUUGAUAAAGUCUGACUUACGACAUUCCAGAGUCAGACUUCACUUCCCGGUUCGUACGGCCGUAAAUGAUCUCAAUGACAGGAUAGUGUGUAAUAAAUGUCCGUCUCGUCACUUUCUGUUCACGAUGCAAUUACAAUCUUCAUGUCCUUUUUGACAGUUAAUUACAUAGUUCCUUAUUACAACGUCCAUUGUUGUUAUUAGCAUUCAAGUCCCAGUAUAUAUAUAUAUAUAUAUAUAUAUACUAGUGAUACUCUUAAUGUCUAAGAGGAAAAAAACAAAACAAAGAAAAAACAUGUAUAAAUAUAAUGAACACUGAGUCAAACCAGUACUUAAAAAUUCAGACAUGCAAAUGACAAUGGUAUGUGAUCAUAUAGAUCACCCUGGUGGAGUGGCACGUAAUCAUUUGUUUGAUCUUAAAAAUCGUCUUCUUGUUCUAUUGGGGGUGAUUAAAUUCUUUUUUUAUUAUUGGAAUUCUUGCAUGCGCCACAUAAGCCGCAGCGGUAGAAACCAUUAGAUUCAUUAAAAAAAAAAUUUUUUUACUCAUUCUAGGGGGUUUAUGGUUAUUCACUAGUUUAUUUCUUAGAUUCUGUGCUCCUCUACAUGUAAUGAUGGGUUGAUCAGGGGGGAAUACCAUUAAGAAUGCUAUCAUUUUUAAAAUAGGACAAUAUUUAUUUAUAAUCUUCUUCAAUUGCCUAUUUUUACAAUUAAAAUCACAAAUAAAAUUUAAAUGUUGGAAACGUGUAUUGUUGAUUUUCUCUUUAUAUUUCAUGAAUUCAUUCCUAUCUUUUUCUUUUACUUCAUCAUACGCUUAGUUCAGUAAUUCUUCCCUAUAUCCUUUUUCUUUGAAAUCCUGCAUUAUCUUGCUUGCUUGUUCUUGGAACUUUACAUGGUCUGUACAGUUCCAUUUAAUGCAUAGUAAUUGAGCCUUAGGUGCGUUCAACAGCCACGGGGAGAAGUGACAACUCUUCUCCCCUAUGUAGCUGUUGACGUCGACCUUUUUAAAGAAAGUGCAAGUUUUUAUUUGUUGGUUUCUACAUAAAUAUUGAGAUCCAGAAAUAAAUAUAUAUAUAUAUAUAUAUAUAUAUAUAUAUAUAUAAAAUUUAUUGUUUAUUUUUAUUUUUUUAUUAUAAUUUUUUUACUAGAAUUUCUUUUUACAUUUCUUGUUUUCUCUGUAGUUGCACAAACUCUGUAAGUAGCUAUCAAAUCGUAUGUCUAAUUUGGGAAGAGAAAUUGUAAUUAUAAUCUGUGAUACCUGUAGUUUAGACUAUGCAUCAUUGAUAGAUCCCUGACUUGUCUAAACUGGUUGUGAUUGGUUUAACCAAGAAAAGUAAUGUCACACCCAGCAAUUGUCUAGUAUGUGAUUUCUAUAAUGUGCAUAUAAACCCUUCUUGUUUUGCUUGAAUAAUUGUAUCUCCUGUUCUCCUACUGUGUGGUAAAUAACUUUACAGCUCCCAUAGCCCAAAUUAGCAUAGAAAGUUCACAAGUUCACUUUCUUUUCUUUAUUUGAUAUAGGGCCUAUUGUGUUAUACUGAUAAUCCAUUUGCUGACAUUUACCUGAUUUCAUUAGAUUGAACACAAUACACCCUACUGAGAGUAAUUAACCUAGUCAAAGAGGUCUGAAAUCACUGUAUUGCAUAAUUAAAUUGCACACUGUAUAAUCAAAAUAUAUGUAUGAGUAAAUUACAUAUGAGAAAAAGACAAUGAAGGCAAUAUAUAUUUUUUUGUUAUCACAAAUCCCAAGUCUGAACUGUGCCCAGGCUUUUUAUUGUAACACUGUAGGAAUACUCAAAUUAUUUUUUCAGAAAAUGGAAUUUAGUUUGGAACCUCCGACACUCUUUCAUUUGACAGUUUUUCUCAUCCGAAUAUUGUCCAUGAAAAAUAUUCCGUAAAAUGAUUCAAAUAAAAAAGGGUGGGCAAUUGGGCCUCUCAGUGUACUGCAAAAUAUAUACAUAAUGAUCAGCGACAAUUUUAAAACAAUCUGUCUAAUAUUGAAUAGGUCCAACACUAGGUUUUUCUGCGACAUUUUAUGUGGAGCAGAACCACUACAUGGUAAGCUGUAAUAGUUCUGGUGCAUGUAGUGUCCAUUUCCGAGUAGUCAUUUUUAAAAAUGCCCAGGUCCUAUACUAGUAAUGUGUACAUAUAUAAAGCAAGUAUCACUUUAUAUAUACACAUGUGGGCACCCAGGCCACUAUUGUCUGGUAUAAUGAAGAGGGGGCCCAGGAAAGUCCAGAUUAUACCUCUGGCAGGUACUAUUGUGAGCCAUGGCUUCCUACCACACAAAUUGAUACUCAGUAUCCACUGGCGUACAUGUAGGGGUCGCAGCUGCGACCGUGCUCGUUACUCCCUGUGGACCCCUGCGACCGAGUACCAGCCACAAUGUUUUGCGGUCCCGGGCCGCGCGGCAAACCGCCAGGACCGCCGUUCAAGGGGUCCAUCGGGUGGACCAUGCUGUUAGGGCCACCCGAUGAAGAUGGAUUUUAAAGGGGCCCGGUCAGCACUGGGCACUUUAAAAGCGCAACCGGGCCCCCUGUGAUGACAUCACUGCUGGGAGGAAGUGACUGCCCCGGUCACUCCUCCCAGCAAUCACACAGAGCCUGCGCGGGAGGAAGGACAGGGAGUCAGAGUGGGAACUCUGACUCCCACCAGCCUGAGCCACCACUGGACCCCAGGGAAGGUAGGAAACAGGAGGGUGACCAAAAUAUUUUGUAUAUGUGUGUCUUUGUUUGUAUGUAUGUCUGUGUCUGUGUGUGUGUGUCUGUGUCUGUAUGUACGUGUCUGUGUGUGUAUGCCUGUCUGUAUGUAUGUGUGUCUUGUGUGUCUGUGUGUCUGUGUAUGUAUGUCUGUCUGUGUGUAUGUAUGUAUCUUGGUAUGUGUGUGUCUGUAUGUAUGUGUCUGUGUGUGUGUGUCUGUCUGUGUGUAUGUGUCUUUCUGUUUGUAUGUAUGUCUUGUGUGUGUGUGUGUGUGUGUGUCUGUAUCUGUAUGUGUGUAUGUAUAUGCCUGUAUGUUUGUAUGUGUCAUUUUAUGUGUGUCUAUGUGUAUGUGUGUGUCUGUCUAUGUGUGUGUUUGUCUGUCUGUGUGUGUGUGUGUCUGUAUGUAUGUGUCUUUGUAUGUAUGUGUUUCUUGUGUGUGUGUGUGUGUGUGUGUGUAUGUGUCUGUAUGUAUCUGUCUGUAUGUGUCUAUGUGUGUGUCUCUAUGUAUGUAUGCGUGUAUCUUUAUGUAUGUGUGUGUGAGUCUGUUGGGGGGAGGGGGAGAAUGUGAGGGUGGGGUAAAAGGAUCCGUUCGCACCAGGGUCCCAUGGAUUGUGUGUAUGCCACUGUCAGUAUCCAAUACACAAACACACACUGCAUCCACUAUACAAACAUACUGCAUCCACCACACAUACUGCAUCCAUCACACAAACAAAAACAUAUAGCAUCUACUACACACCCACUGCAUCCACAACACAAACACACACUCUGCAUUCACUACCCACAUACAUACACGCACUUUACAUCCACUACUACAUCUGCUAUACACACACUGCUUCCAGGAAACAUGCACACACACUCAUCCCUUACACAUACAUGCAACUUGUGAUAAAAAUUUCUGAUUGCAGCCCAGCCCUUAAGAACCUAAAAAGAAAAAUAUCCAGCACAAAUCAAUAGGAGAAAAGCACUCUAUGUUUAUUGAGGUCCCCGCAGCAAGUUGAACAACGUUUCACCCUAACAAUAGGUCUUUCACCUAUUGAUGUGUGCUAGACAUUUUUCUUUUUGGAUUCUACUUUGAAUGGUUAUGGAUCCAGAGUCCGUUUUUGCACCCUUUUUUAAUGUCAUUUUGUAAUGUUCUGUUCCCUUGAGAGGAUAGGUUUAUGAGCAUGCGGACAAGGAUGACGUCAUGCACAUGUAUGCACACUAACUUAUAACGUAAGUUUAAAGAGGAGCAUGUGCAUGUCUACCAGUACUGCUACAGCUCCUCCAUUGACCUAAAAUAAUGCUAACGCUAACAUUUGUUUACAUUCAUGGAAGCUUACAGUCACCCACCGAAUGUCUGUAAUUGCCCUAAGAACAUCCAUAACAUAGGCUGGGAGAGGAAGGGGAGUGGGGGUUAGAAGCCCUAUUUUCAGGUUUGUGCUGGCCACAGCAGACAUUGUUGGCAACUUCUCUAGACACGUUUACGAUUAAACAAUUGUAUCAGAUACUCUUCAAAUGUAAAAGAACCUUAUAAAUGCAUUAAUUACUAUGUAAGCAAUUAACUACUAGCCAAAGUGAUUAUUCAUGUUCUUAGACUGGAUUACAAAGAGCAUAAAAGGUUACAAUUUGCAUAUCUGUGAACUCAAACAGUAUAACCUGAUCCAAUCAUGAUGAUCCCCUUCUCCACCAUGUAAACUGCAGUAGUUACAAUAGAAGUUUUGGAAAUACACAGGAAGCUUUAAAAGAAGUAUUACUUUAACACUGUUUAUUUCAGACAGGUACUGGAAGAGGUACUAGUAAACAGAUUUUUGUAAUGCUAAUACAUUAGAUUGUUUUAAUUUGAUCACAGUAUUUAUUUAUAAAAUAUUUUACCAGGAAAGAUACAUUGAGAUUUCUCUCAUUUUCAAGUAUGUCCUGGGUCCACAAAACAUUGCAUUGACACAAUAGGGUACACUAAAAUACAAAAACAAUAUUAAUACACAACAUAUACAAAAUUUGACAUAGAACAGGUAGGAAAUAUAUCAUCAACCAUGACAGGUGCAUUCUGUUUUGAGAUAUGUAGAGGGAUCUCUUAAAGGUCGUUCCAUAAUUGCGGUGCUCUGUAGGAAAAGGAGGAUCGGGCUGCUUUCUUAUUGUAUUGAGGUAAACUAAAUAAAGUACUGGUACUGGAUCGGAGGUUAUAGGAGGUGGGAAUAGCCGGGGAGAGCAUUCUGCUCAGGUAGGGUGGGAGCUUCCCAGAAAAGCUCUUAAACACAAGGCUGGAAAGAUGAAGGGUGCGUCUGGAUUCCAGCAACAGCCAGUUUAGUUAUUUUAGCAUGUCACAAUGGUGGGUCAUGUAAUUACAUUGUAGCACAAAUCGGCAGAACGAGUUAUACAAUGUAUUGAGUUUAUUAAGGUGGGUUUGCAGUGCAGGUGCAUAUACUACAUCCCCAUAAUCAACGAUUGGCAUCAGCAUUUGCUGAAGAAUAUUAAUACACAAUAUAUAGAACAUUUAACAUAGAACAGGUAGGAAAUAUAUAAUCAACCAUGACACGUGCAUUCUGUUUUGAGGUAUGUAGAUCCACCCACAAUAACAGUCCAGUACCAUGAUACCGGGCAGAUCCCCUCUGCACAAGAGCUAGCGCAAAUCAGAUGAUCAUUUCAAUCUUGGUGUACCUCGUCAUUGAUGUGAGGCUUGAACACCUCUUGGCACAACUGAGCAAUGGAUUUGUGACUGGAAUACGAUUUUACCUUUUAAACUAAAGCCAAGUAAAAUAGAACUUUAUUAGUCCACAAGAUAAUAUGCUAUCCUCAGACAAGGGGCAAAAGAAGACAAAGAUAAUAUGUCUAAUAGGAAAGAUAGCAGAAAUGUGUAAAAAAAAAAAAAAAAGGUAGAAAAAAAAGUAUAUUCACAAAUUCACAUUAAUGUACCACCAAACUAAGUAGAGGAUCUCAUACCUGUUAGAAAAGUAGUUGGAAAUGUUUAGUCAUAUUAUGGAUAAAGACUGUAAGCCAGUGAUUACAGCCAACCAGAUCCACAGGUGGGGUAUUUAAACCCAAUUCUCCUCUUGCUCAGUGCCCUGUUGUGGUUUCAUGCCUAUGGCUAUCUGAGAGUGCGUUCCUGGUCUUGAUUUUCUGGUAUUUGACUUUGGCUUUGUUUUGACUUCCCUGAUAUCUGGUAUCCUUGACUUUUGGCUUUCCCUCAUCUUUGUGUCUGAUUCUGUGUCCCUGACCUCGGCAAGUAUUUUGACUAUUCUUGGAGACGUUAAGUCCGGCAAUUCUAAUGUCCGGUUAUACGUUAUCCUUAGUCCUAGGUGUGACACAGUACUGCGUGCUGGAUCAACUUGUAAUCCUGACAUUACGACAUGGCCAUAGAUCCUGCAGAAUUGUGUCAGCACAUAGCAGCUUGUGAGAGAAAGCUAGAGGAGAAUAAUCACCGUAUGGAUCAAUUUGCCCAGGCUUUUAGCACAUUCUUACUAGGAUGGCUCAUUUAUAACCUGAGGCUUCUCCAAUUAUUUCACCACUGCCUUAUGUACAUCCACCUAUAGUAUAUAAGGCACCUACGAUCUCCUUUUCUCCUCCCCUGCCUUUUUCUGGUAAUAUCCAGGAAUGUAGGGGAUUUCUCAAAUAGAUUGAGUACCACUUUGAGGCCUCACCUGGUUCAUUUCCUUCAUAUAGAGCUAAAAUUGGGUAUCUGAUGAACCAACUUAAAGGUAAGGCCUUAACCUGGGCUAAUCCACUGUGGGAAAGUAAUAGGGGUAUCGCUCAUGUUACCAGGUAUUCCUGGCGGAAUUCAAACUGACGUUUGAACCAUUAGGCAGAGAGGAAGACGCCUCCACUGCCCUAAUGCAUAUAAAACAAGGGAACCAGUCUAUCUCGAUUGCUAAACUUUUCAAUAGUCUAUAACACAUGCCUACUCUGCCCCCCUCUCCCCCUCCCCCUCUCACACUCUCCUUUUCCCCUCCCCAGUCAUAAAUACCUUCAUUGACUGUUCUAUCUCUAUUCCUCAGGCCUCACUUCACAAUCAACUCAGUGAAGACUCUCAUUUUCUCCCCACUUCCCACCCACCCUCCCCUCCUCCCACCCACCCAGGCUCCCCUUAAAUAUAUAGCAUGCUCCUCCAGCUGUUCGAGAUUCUCACCCAAUUACCUGUUCAUUCCCCUAACAUCUUACCAAUAGCUGCUUCUCUGUUAACUCUUUCAGCCAUCACCUCCAAACUUCCCCUGCUACCUUUUGUCUCAAAUCCCCCUGGUAUCCUUUAGAUUGUAAGCUCAAGGGCCAUCUAGCUAAGCACUUUGUAUAAAAGAGCUCCAAUGGCUAGAUAUCAGCUUACGGGCAGGGCUCUCUUACCUCUUGUAUUUGUUCGUGUAUAUUGUACGUUUCUCAACUAAUUGUACAGCGCUGCGGAAUCUGUGUGCGCUUUAUAAAUUGCAAUAAUAAUAAUAAUAAUAAUAAUUAUGCCAUAGAAUUUUAUACCUUGGCAUCUGAGGUAGACUGGACUAACAACGGACUUUAUGAAAUUGCUGCCUGUGGCGAAACCGGCCUCGCCAUGUGUCCUUGGAGGGGGCUGCUUGCCCGCCUCUUGCCUUUGGACUAUGAACCAGACUUUAUGUGAAUGUGUUAACCCAGAUAGCUAUGCCAUGGAGCCCAUUCGUGUAGUUAAAGACUUCGGCUCCAUGGCAAUUGAACUGUGUGAAUAGGAUCUAAGUGCUAUUCGGUAGUUUUGUGCGCUCAGAUCCCAGCUAUCUGGGGAUAUGUGACAUGUCUGUGUUUUAUGUAUAAAUGUAUAGUAUGUAUUUUUAUGUCUUUUGUUGUCCUUUGUCUGCCAUGUGGCUAGUGGAGUCUUGUGUCUGUCCUGGGAGAUAAUUGAAUUACUUCUCACUUAUCUCCAGGAUAGAAGACUCUGAAACUGGUUUGGGCCAGAAAGCCAUGCUUCAUUUAGUCACAAAGGACUUUCCCUUAACUUUUGAACCCCUGGUCUGAUUCGUGCCAUUUUUUUAAUAUGUUGUUGCCCUGAAUGGAUUGAUUAUGAAAAUGUAUGUUUUAUGUUUGUGACAUGUAUAUUUUAGAAGUUAUAAAUAUUGUGUAAAAACUGUAUUCCUCUGCCGGUGAUAAUGAGAUUACCCAUUGUGUUCAGUAAUUAUAUCACAGACAGAGGGGAGGAUUUUGUGUGGGAGUGUCUGGGUGUAUUGUAUGGAUUCAUUGGUUGUUUUGUAACGCCCUGUGGGCUGUACUAGGUUUGUGGAUUGGGAAUAAAAGAGACUGUAUGUGACAGUACAGGAAGUUCCUGUUUUAACCCUCAAAGUGAAGUGUCAUCUCAUUAUUGGGGGAAGGAUUUAUUGUAUGCUGUUCCAGUUUGACUGCUAGGAGAGUAAACCUAUUUGUAUGGUUCCUAUUCAACUGUCUACAGCAUUCAUAUGCUUGAGAGGAUUCAUAUGCUUCUCCGGUUCGGUGGUUGUGGUGUCUGCUGCAGUGUUUGGAGUCCUCAGGAAGCGCUAGGAGCAUCCUUUAACGGAGGUACCCAGUCGGGGUGCCAGGUGAUCCGUUACAUUGGUGGCAAGCGGUGGGAUGGCGUCCUAGUGCGAGGUAAAGCAGCUCAGAGACACAGUUCGUUUGGAGUUACAAUUUGAGGGCAACGCCAGUACCCGUACAGCGCCCCUAUCUACGAAAGAACUCAGAAAAUGGAGGAGAAGUUGCAAGAUAGAUUGUACGGUUACGUAUCCCUGAGGUCGGGAGCAGUGUCAGAGGAAGACAUGUUGAGGUACAGAGAGAGUGCCAGAGCUGAGUUGUGGGACGAAGCCCUAGAGGAAGUACAGUAUUCGCGAGGGGAUCGGCGCCACAGCAGAAGGCAGCAAAUCCUGGCUCGAAUGGCAGAGCGGAUGCCCCUCCUGAGGAAAAAGACCGAAGAAGCGUGGGUGAUUAGACUCGAGAUUUUAGUAUAUGCAGAACUGGCGCUCGACGACGCAUACCAGGCGAUACAGUGGUAUGCAGCUCAGUGUGUCCCCGAGUUGGCAGAGUAUGAGUUCCCAGAUGGCGGAGGUUACGCUGGCCCUGGCCUAUUUUGAGACAAUAUUGACGAUGAGGACUUUGGGAAAGCUACUGACUCUCGUUUUUGGGACCUGUGUUACGACCGAGAAGACAUGCUGGGGCUCCCUAGCGCUAUUGACCUCGAGGCAGACAUACAGUAUUUGGUCACCAAGGAAUGGAACCUGGAGUGGGAUUACCUGCGACCCAUCAAUGAGGCCUGGGAAGAGACAGCCGGUCCUCUUUCCCAACAGCAACCAGCGGUACCCGAGGUAGCGGACCUCCUAGACUGGUCCUGCGAGGGUCCCCAGCGGCAGUGUGUGUCCCAGGGAGCAGAAGGUGCCGUCCUUCCUCCCCAGCGGCAGUGUGAGCUACAGGGAGCUGAAGGUGUCGUCCUUCCUCCCCAGCGGCCGUGUGUGUCCCAGGGAGCAGAAGGUGUCGUCCUUCCUCCCCAGCGGCAGUGUGUAUCCCAGGGAGCUGAAGGUGUCGUCCUUCCUCCCCAGCGGCAGUGUGUACCCCAGGGAGCAGAAGGUGCCAUCCUUCCUCCCCAGUGGCAGUGUGUAUCCCAGGGAGCCAAAGGUGUCGUCCUUCCUCCCCAGCGGCAGUGUGUACCCCAGGGAGCUGAAGGUGCCGUCCUUCCUCCCCAGUGGCAGUGUGUACCCCAGGAAGCAGAGACCGCCUGUCUCGCAUCCCAGCCGCAGGACAAAAUAUUGAAAGGGGAGACAGUUGGUCCCCCUCUCCACCAGCAAAGAGAGUGUCAGGGAGAGGAGCAGGUUACCCCCUCUCCCCAGCGGCAGUCUACAGUUCAGAGAGAGGAGCUUGUUACACCCUCUCUCCAGCUGCAGCCUAACCCACCAAGGGGAGAUGUUAAGCCCCACAACUAUGCAGGUGGGACCGUCGUCUCUGCACUUACAGCACCAGGGGUAGGGACGGUCAGUCCUGUCCCCCAGCCACAGAGCAGUGUAUCCAGAGGGGAGACAGUCGGUCUCCCCCUCCCACAACCAGGCUCCAAACAGGCUACUUCAGUGGUAGCGCUGGCACCCGGGCAGAGUACCGCUGGUCUAUGCCCACUCAGCAACCCACCAAGGCAGUCUACCAGCCCCCCGCACAGCCGUGGUGAGGCACCUGGACAUGGACAAGUUGCUAUUUUAUCCAGGUGUAGUAACCAGUUAUUGUGGGUGGGCUGUAAUGCUGUUUGUGCUUCGUGGGUGGGUUGCUGGACUAACCAGGGCACUGACCGGCAGGAGGUCAGAUACCCUGUUAGUCUGGAUGGUAAAGGGGAGAAAUGUGGCGAAACCGGCCUCGCCACGUGUCCUUGGAGGGGGCUGCUUGCCCGCUUCUUGCCUUUGGACUAUGGACCAGACUUUAUGUGAAUGUGUUAACCCAGAUAGCUAUGCCAUGGAGCCCAUUCGUGUAGUUAAAGACUUCGGCUCCAUGGCAAUUGAACUGUGUGAAUAGGAUCUAAGUGCUAUUCGGUAGUUUUGUGCGCUCAGAUCCCAGCUAUCUGGGGAUAUGUGACAUGUCUGUGUUUUAUGUAUAAAUGUAUAGUAUGUAUUUUUAUGUCUUUUGUUGUCCUUUGUCUGCCACGUGGCUAAUGGAGUCUUGUGUCUGUCCUGGGAGAUAAUUGAAUUACUUCUCACUUAUCUCCAGGAUAGAAGACUCUGAAACUGGUUUGGGCCAGAAAGCCAUGCUUCAUUUAGUCACAAAGGACUUUCCCUUAACUUUUGAACCCCUGGUCUGAUUCGUGCCAUUUUUAAUAUGUUGUUCCCCUGAAUGGAUUGAUUAUGAAAAUGUAUGUUUUAUGUUUGUGACAUGUAUAUUUUAGAAGUUAUAAAUAUGGUGUAAAAACUGUAUUCCUCUGCCGGUGAUAAUGAGAUUACCCAUUGUGUUCAGUAAUCAUAUCACAGACAGAGGGGAGGAUUUUGUGUGGGAGUGUCUGGGUGUAUUGUACGGAUUGAUUGGUUGUUUUGUAACGCCCUGUGGGCUGUACCAUGUUUGUGGAUUGGGAAUAAAAGAGACUGUAUGUGACAGUACAGGAAGUUCCUGUUUUAACCCUCAAAGUGAAGUGUUGUCUCAUUAUUGGGGGAAGGAUUUAUUGUAUGCUGUUCCAGUUUGACUGCUAGGAGAGUAAACCUAUUUGUAUGGUUCCUAUUCAACUGUCUACAGCAUUCAUAUGCUUGAGAGGAUUCAUAUGCUUCUCCGGUUCGGUGGUUGUGGUGUCUGCUGCAGUGCUUGGAGUCCUCAGGAAGUGCUAGGAGCAUCCUUUAACGGAAAUACCCAGUCGGGGUGCCAGGCGAUCCGUUACACUGCCAAAGACCUACCUAAGGGGUUAAAUGACUUUAUUACCUAUGUGAUGCAGAUCGAUAAUAGACUCAGAACCAGGGAAAUUACUAGAAACAGAACUAGACGUUUGACUUUGUAACUAGCACCUCGAUUCUCCAAACCUGGUGUCCCUGACCUCUCGACACUGUGUGAACCCGAACCUAUGCAGUUAGGGGUUACAGGACUGUCUGAGGCAGAGAAACAGUGUAGGAGAAAAGAGGGUCUAUGCUUAUAUUGUGGCAAGAAAGGGCAUAUGAGAAAUGCUUGUCCUAUACAUCCGGAAAACUUCCGCACCUAAGAACCUUAAGGAGACAGGUCUUAGGUGUAAUGGAUAUGUCCACUAGUAAUUCCCGAAGCAGAUUUCUCCUUGAGGAGAACUUUUCAUGCAAAGCCCUGGGCUGGCUGGUAACUUUAUUGAUUUGUAUUUUGUUAAAAAAAACACACCAUACCAGACAAGGAGAGAUCAUCACCUCUAGCUGUUGAGGCUAUUGAUGGGAGACCCCUAUCUCAACCUCUUAUUACCCAUGAGACUUUGCCUAUUUGCAUUAUGAUAGGAGCUUUGCAUAAGGAAGACAUUACUUUCCAGAUAAUCGCUUCCCCUUCUUGUCCCAUCGUAUUAGGGUUCCCUUGGCUCAUCAAACAUAACCCUCAUAUUGACUAGACUAGGGGGGAAAUACUGGAAUGGGGUAGAGACUGUCAGGAAAGCUGCAUGUUACCCAUUUCUAAAAAAAGUGGGCAUCGUUGCUUUACCCGUUGCUUCGUCUCCUGAAAUUCCCAUACAGUAUUGGGAGGAUAGAUAAGCAUUUAGUAAAAGCCAGAGUAAUGCUCUUCCUCCACACAGAUCUUAUGAUUGUUCCAUUGAUUGUUUCAUUGAUAUAUCCUAUCCCAACAAGAAAGUAAAAUCAUGGAUGAGUACAUCAAGGAAUCUUUAAGUAAAGGCCAUAUACGUAAAUCAUCCUCGCCUGCUGGUGCAGGGUUCUUUUUUUGUAGCUAAGAAAGGUGGAGAAUUACAACCUUGCAUAGACUACAGGGCAUUAAACAAGAUUACUAUCAAAAAUGCCUAUCCCAUUCCCUUUAUAUCCAAAUUGUUUGAUAGAUUCCAGGGUGCUAAGAUCUUCACUAAGCUUGACCUUAGGAGUGAGUACAAUUUGGUGAGAAUUAGGGAGGAUUAUGAAUGGAAGACGGCGUUUAACACUAGGAGUGGGCACUACGAAUAUCUUGUUAUGUCUUUCGGGUUAUGUAAUGCUCCGGACGUAUUUCAAGACUUCAUUAAUGAUUUACUCAGAGACUAUAUUUACUAUUUUGUGCUUGUACAGGUGAUACUCGAAAAAUUAGAAUAUCGUGCAAAUGUUCAUUUAUUUCUGUAAUGCAACGUAAAAGGGGAAACUAAUAUAUACAUGCAAAGCAAGAUAGUUCAAGCUGUGAGUUGUCAUAAGUGCGAUGAUUAUUGCUUACAGUCCUACCCUGAGUUCGUGUAAACGCUGGCUGUUGGUAAUGUUCAUGCUCAUGAUAAGGUUGUGUCUUCAGUCAGGAUACUUCCAGGAGGCGGAGUAUACAUAAUGACGUCUACUCCUGGUCAGAUGACGUGUUCGCGAUCGGCUUCUUCAAAUCGCAACUUAGGAUCCGGUGAUAUCUUCUACUAAGCACUUUUAUUCGUAUAUGUGGAAAUAAAGCUGUUCAUUUAUCCUUACUGGCUACAGUGAAAGUCUCUCUCUAUAUAUUUGGGCUAUUCAAGGUAGAGCUGUCACGGUAGUUUACCCCUACACGCAAUACUUAGUUCAACAAUCGACAGAUAGAGCAGAUACGACUUACCGGACCUAGAAUGGCCAGACUCGCCGUAUAGCAGAGAAUAGACAGAGUCAAGAACAAGCCGAGGUCAAGGGAACAAAGAGACAGCGAGAACAAAAACUAGCCAAGGUCUGGUACACAGUAGUCAGUAAGCCGGCAAACAAGACAAAACAGGGAUAGAAAGAUAAACGGAGUCAGAUACAAAUCCAAGGUCAAGUACGAAAAUCACAACUGAACACAACAAGCGCUAAAGGGAACUGAAACAGAAACCACGAUAGGGCAGGGAGUUAAGGGAGAGGUAAGUAUAAAUACCCUAAACUUUACUUUGACUGGCCCCUGUCAUAUCCACGCCCCCAAAAUGUGAGUGUCUGGGGAAUGUGGGAUGACAGGGGCCAAUGGGAGCACAUUUCAUCUUUUGGCUCCCACUGCCCCUUUAAGAGCGUGCCCGAGACGCGCAGCACGCUCUUAGAGCUAGGCGGGACACGUGACCGCAUCUCACGGCCCAUGCCCGCCUUCAUUCGAGAGCCGCGCACGGCGGUAAGUGAGGACCUUGGCCGGCCCCCGGGUAAGGUAAGUACCGCUACAAGAACAGACUCAUCUGCUCUAUGUUUGUGAGUGAAUUUCUUAUCUCACUAUUAACUCAGUACUUCUUACCCUGCAAUACUAUAUAUGUUUUGUAUUCUCUUUUAUGUACUGCAAUUGGAGCUGUGACUUACUGCAGAUAUAAUAUUAGUGUAAGUCAAAAUUAAUUAAUUUAUGCACUAUAUCACUUUGAAGUGGUUUUUGCAAUCUGCAUUUUUAGAUCACAUAUGUGCUGAUCGUUUGUAUACACCUCAUCACUUGUGAGUGAAACAGUAUGUUGCACUUUAUUUCACACAGCUGAUGCUGCUAAAUGAAUUUGCACUUUGAAUUUUAGCGCACCUUUUUCUGUUUUUAUCAUACUUCCUGUCGCACAUAUUAUGCUAAGAAUAUAUUAAUAUUUUCUUAGCAUAAUAUGUGUGACAUAAACUCCAUUUUGAUUCUCAAAACGAUGAUCAAAUUAGCUUUUGGAUAAUCAAAAUAAGAGUCAUAAGAUAUAUUUAUAACAUCCAAUCACAACAUUUGAAAUAACAUUUUUACAUUUAUAUCACAAAGACUUAAACAAUCAUAUUCCUGUAAUUCUAGUUAAUAAAAAAAAUUUCACACUAAAAAUAAUCAACCAAAUCUCAAUGAUUAUCAUUAAUAUGUCAAUCGCAGUACUAGUAUGUGUAGACCAAUGAGCAGGAGUGAUAAUGUCAUUGUCUUUCUCUGAGUACUUUAAUUUGAGUACUUUAAUGUGUCCACAGAAAUAUUUUUCUUUUUUUAUAGACAUUUGUAUAGUGUAGCUAGCUAGGCUUGUGGUCCAGUAUAAAUUUUAGAUCAUGAUUAGUUGGUAUACAGGAAGUUUUGAAACACAUCGUUAACUUGAACUCCACAACAUCAGUAUAUAUGGGAUAUAGUGUGACAUCACCUAUAGUGACACGUGAGUCUUGGGAUACUUUAAACAGUAAUACUGAAGAAGAUAAAGCAAUCACCUUAUUAAUAGCUUGAUCCUUCCAAAAUAGACUCAUGUUUUGCUGACCAAACAUUGAUGCCUCACUAAAAUAUGUGUACUAGGGCAUUGUCACUGGUUUUGGUCAUAGUUACUUGACAUUUUUCAGAACCAUGUUUAAUGUAUUCAAUCCCACAAAAAACAUAUGUAGAGUCAUACACAAAAGGUUUUCCAUCGCAUUGGAAAUUAUUACCCUUGAACUUGACACAAUCUGUCAAAAGAGGUUGGAAAGCCAAUACCUCUAUGGGGUUUGUAUUCUCACAUGGAUAUCAUCCUUCCAUAUUCCUACAUUAUGUAUGUUUUUUUUAUCUGAAAAAUGUUCCUCUGUGUAACUUAAGGAAUUGAUCAUAGAAAACUGUAACGAAUUCAUCCGCUUAUGGUAAAGUGGAUAAUGGUAUUUAUCACAAAAAAGAUUAGGUGUACACUCAGUAUUGGAAAUUAAUGAUAAAAACCACCACUGGUGUGCAUAUGGAGCGCUUACAAAUUUGUUGACUCACCCAUAUGGGCUAACAGAAGUAUUACUUUAACACUGUUUAUUUCAGACAGGUACUGGAAGAGGUACUAGUAAACAGAUUUUUGUAAUGCUAAUACAUUAGAUUGUUUUAAUUUGAUCACAGUAUUUAUUUAUAAAAUAUUUUACCAGGAAAGAUACAUUGAGAUUUCUCUCAUUUUCAAGUAUGUCCUGGGUCCACAAAACAUUGCAUUGACACAAUAGGGUACACUAAAAUACAAAAACAAUAUUAAUACACAACAUAUACAAAAUUUGACAUAGAACAGGUAGGAAAUAUAUCAUCAACCAUGACAGGUGCAUUCUGUUUUGAGAUAUGUAGAGGGAUCUCUUAAAGGUCGUUCCAUAAUUGCGGUGCUCUGUAGGAAAAGGAGGAUCGGGCUGCUUUCUUAUUGUAUUGAGGUAAACUAAAUAAAGUACUGGUACUGGAUCGGAGGUUAUAGGAGGUGGGAAUAGCCGGGGAGAGCAUUCUGCUCAGGUAGGGUGGGAGCUUCCCAGAAAAGCUCUUAAACACAAGGCUGGAAAGAUGAAGGGUGCGUCUGGAUUCCAGCAACAGCCAGUUUAGUUAUUUUAGCAUGUCACAAUGGUGGGUCAUGUAAUUACAUUGUAGCACAAAUCGGCAGAACGAGUUAUACAAUGUAUUGAGUUUAUUAAGGUGGGUUUGCAGUGCAGGUGCAUAUACUACAUCCCCAUAAUCAACGAUUGGCAUCAGCAUUUGCUGAAGAAUAUUAAUACACAAUAUAUAGAACAUUUAACAUAGAACAGGUAGGAAAUAUAUAAUCAACCAUGACACGUGCAUUCUGUUUUGAGGUAUGUAGAUCCACCCACAAUAACAGUCCAGUACCAUGAUACCGGGCAGAUCCCCUCUGCACAAGAGCUAGCGCAAAUCAGAUGAUCAUUUCAAUCUUGGUGUACCUCGUCAUUGAUGUGAGGCUUGAACACCUCUUGGCACAACUGAGCAAUGGAUUUGUGACUGGAAUACGAUUUUACCUUUUAAACUAAAGCCAAGUAAAAUAGAACUUUAUUAGUCCACAAGAUAAUAUGCUAUCCUCAGACAAGGGGCAAAAGAAGACAAAGAUAAUAUGUCUAAUAGGAAAGAUAGCAGAAAUGUGUAAAAAAAAAAAAAAGAGCGGUAGAAAAAAAAGUAUAUUCACAAAUUCACAUUAAUGUACCACCAAACUAAGUAGAGGAUCUCAUACCUGUUAGAAAAGUAGUUGGAAAUGUUUAGUCAUAUUAUGGAUAAAGACUGUAAGCCAGUGAUUACAGCCAACCAGAUCCACAGGUGGGGUAUUUAAACCCAAUUCUCCUCUUGCUCAGUGCCCUGUUGUGGUUUCAUGCCUAUGGCUAUCUGAGAGUGCGUUCCUGGUCUUGAUUUUCUGGUAUUUGACUUUGGCUUUGUUUUGACUUCCCUGAUAUCUGGUAUCCUUGACUUUUGGCUUUCCCUCAUCUUUGUGUCUGAUUCUGUGUCCCUGACCUCGGCAAGUAUUUUGACUAUUCUUGGAGACGUUAAGUCCGGCAAUUCUAAUGUCCGGUUAUACGUUAUCCUUAGUCCUAGGUGUGACACAGUACUGCGUGCUGGAUCAACUUGUAAUCCUGACAUUACGACAUGGCCAUAGAUCCUGCAGAAUUGUGUCAGCACAUAGCAGCUUGUGAGAGAAAGCUAGAGGAGAAUAAUCACCGUAUGGAUCAAUUUGCCCAGGCUUUUAGCACAUUCUUACUAGGAUGGCUCAUUUAUAACCUGAGGCUUCUCCAAUUAUUUCACCACUGCCUUAUGUACAUCCACCUAUAGUAUAUAAGGCACCUACGAUCUCCUUUUCUCCUCCCCUGCCUUUUUCUGGUAAUAUCCAGGAAUGUAGGGGAUUUCUCAAAUAGAUUGAGUACCACUUUGAGGCCUCACCUGGUUCAUUUCCUUCAUAUAGAGCUAAAAUUGGGUAUCUGAUGAACCAACUUAAAGGUAAGGCCUUAACCUGGGCUAAUCCACUGUGGGAAAGUAAUAGGGGUAUCGCUCAUGUUACCAGGUAUUCCUGGCGGAAUUCAAACUGACGUUUGAACCAUUAGGCAGAGAGGAAGACGCCUCCACUGCCCUAAUGCAUAUAAAACAAGGGAACCAGUCUAUCUCGAUUGCUAAACUUUUCAAUAGUCUAUAACACAUGCCUACUCUGCCCCCCUCUCCCCCUCCCCCUCUCACACUCUCCUUUUCCCCUCCCCAGUCAUAAAUACCUUCAUUGACUGUUCUAUCUCUAUUCCUCAGGCCUCACUUCACAAUCAACUCAGUGAAGACUCUCAUUUUCUCCCCACUUCCCACCCACCCUCCCCUCCUCCCACCCACCCAGGCUCCCCUUAAAUAUAUAGCAUGCUCCUCCAGCUGUUCGAGAUUCUCACCCAAUUACCUGUUCAUUCCCCUAACAUCUUACCAAUAGCUGCUUCUCUGUUAACUCUUUCAGCCAUCACCUCCAAACUUCCCCUGCUACCUUUUGUCUCAAAUCCCCCUGGUAUCCUUUAGAUUGUAAGCUCAAGGGCCAUCUAGCUAAGCACUUUGUAUAAAAGAGCUCCAAUGGCUAGAUAUCAGCUUACGGGCAGGGCUCUCUUACCUCUUGUAUUUGUUCGUGUAUAUUGUACGUUUCUCAACUAAUUGUACAGCGCUGCGGAAUCUGUGUGCGCUUUAUAAAUUGCAAUAAUAAUAAUAAUAAUAAUAAUUAUGCCAUAGAAUUUUAUACCUUGGCAUCUGAGGUAGACUGGACUAACAACGGACUUUAUGAAAUUGCUGCCUGUGGCGAAACCGGCCUCGCCAUGUGUCCUUGGAGGGGGCUGCUUGCCCGCCUCUUGCCUUUGGACUAUGAACCAGACUUUAUGUGAAUGUGUUAACCCAGAUAGCUAUGCCAUGGAGCCCAUUCGUGUAGUUAAAGACUUCGGCUCCAUGGCAAUUGAACUGUGUGAAUAGGAUCUAAGUGCUAUUCGGUAGUUUUGUGCGCUCAGAUCCCAGCUAUCUGGGGAUAUGUGACAUGUCUGUGUUUUAUGUAUAAAUGUAUAGUAUGUAUUUUUAUGUCUUUUGUUGUCCUUUGUCUGCCAUGUGGCUAGUGGAGUCUUGUGUCUGUCCUGGGAGAUAAUUGAAUUACUUCUCACUUAUCUCCAGGAUAGAAGACUCUGAAACUGGUUUGGGCCAGAAAGCCAUGCUUCAUUUAGUCACAAAGGACUUUCCCUUAACUUUUGAACCCCUGGUCUGAUUCGUGCCAUUUUUUUAAUAUGUUGUUCCCUGAAUGGAUUGAUUAUGAAAAUGUAUGUUUUAUGUUUGUGACAUGUAUAUUUUAGAAGUUAUAAAUAUUGUGUAAAAACUGUAUUCCUCUGCCGGUGAUAAUGAGAUUACCCAUUGUGUUCAGUAAUUAUAUCACAGACAGAGGGGAGGAUUUUGUGUGGGAGUGUCUGGGUGUAUUGUAUGGAUUCAUUGGUUGUUUUGUAACGCCCUGUGGGCUGUACUAGGUUUGUGGAUUGGGAAUAAAAGAGACUGUAUGUGACAGUACAGGAAGUUCCUGUUUUAACCCUCAAAGUGAAGUGUCAUCUCAUUAUUGGGGGAAGGAUUUAUUGUAUGCUGUUCCAGUUUGACUGCUAGGAGAGUAAACCUAUUUGUAUGGUUCCUAUUCAACUGUCUACAGCAUUCAUAUGCUUGAGAGGAUUCAUAUGCUUCUCCGGUUCGGUGGUUGUGGUGUCUGCUGCAGUGCUUGGAGUCCUCAGGAAGUGCUAGGAGCAUCCUUUAACGGAGGUACCCAAUCGGGGUGCCAGGCGAUCCGUUACAUUGGUGGCAGCGGUGGGAUGGCGUCCUAGUGCGAGGUAAAGCAGCUCAGAAACACAGUUCGUUUGGAGUUACAAUUUGAGGGCAACGCCAGUACCCGUACAGCGCCCCUAUCUACGAAAGAACUCAGAAAAUGGAGGAGAAGUUGCAAGAUAGAUUGUACGGUUACGUAUCCCUGAGGUCGGGAGCAGUGUCAGAGGAAGACAUGUUGAGGUACAGAGAGAGUGCCAGAGCUGAGUUGUGGGACGAAGCCCUAGAGGAAGUACAGUAUUCGCGAGGGGAUCGGCGCCACAGCAGAAGGCAGCAAAUCCUGGCUCGAAUGGCAGAGCGGAUGCCCCUCCUGAGGAAAAAGACCGAAGAAGCGUGGGUGAUUAGACUCGAGAUUUUAGUAUAUGCAGAACUGGCGCUCGACGACGCAUACCAGGCGAUACAGUGGUAUGCAGCUCAGUGUGUCCCCGAGUUGGCAGAGUAUGAGUUCCCAGAUGGCGGAGGUUACGCUGGCCCUGGCCUAUUUUGAGACAAUAUUGACGAUGAGGACUUUGGGAAAGCUACUGACUCUCGUUUUUGGGACCUGUGUUACGACCGAGAAGACAUGCUGGGGCUCCCUAGCGCUAUUGACCUCGAGGCAGACAUACAGUAUUUGGUCACCAAGGAAUGGAACCUGGAGUGGGAUUACCUGCGACCCAUCAAUGAGGCCUGGGAAGAGACAGCCGGUCCUCUUUCCCAACAGCAACCAGCGGUACCCGAGGUAGCGGACCUCCUAGACUGGUCCUGCGAGGGUCCCCAGCGGCAGUGUGUGUCCCAGGGAGCAGAAGGUGCCGUCCUUCCUCCCCAGCGGCAGUGUGAGCUACAGGGAGCUGAAGGUGUCGUCCUUCCUCCCCAGCGGCCGUGUGUGUCCCAGGGAGCAGAAGGUGUCGUCCUUCCUCCCCAGCGGCAGUGUGUAUCCCAGGGAGCUGAAGGUGUCGUCCUUCCUCCCCAGCGGCAGUGUGUACCCCAGGGAGCAGAAGGUGCCGUCCUUCCUCCCCAGCGGCAGUGUGUAUCCCAGGGAGCCAAAGGUGUCGUCCUUCCUCCCCAGCGGCAGUGUGUACCCCAGGGAGCUGAAGGUGCCGUCCUUCCUCCCCAGCGGCAGUGUGUACCCCAGGAAGCAGAGACCGUCUGUCUCGCACCCCAGCCGCAGGACAAAAUAUUGAAAGGGGAGACAGUUGGUCCCCCUCUCCACCAGCAAAGAGAGUGUCAGGGAGAGGAGCAGGUUACCCCCUCUCCCCAGCGGCAGUCUACAGUUCAGAGAGAGGAGCUUGUUACACCCUCUCUCCAGCUGCAGCCUAACCCACCAAGGGGAGAUGUUAAGCCCCACAACUAUGCAGGUGGGACCGUCGUCUCUGCACUUACAGCACCAGGGGUAGGGACGGUCAGUCCUGUCCCCCAGCCACAGAGCAGUGUAUCCAGAGGGGAGACAGUCGGUCUCCCCCUCCCACAACCAGGCUCCAACCAGGCUACUUCAGUGGUAGCGCUGGCACCCGGGCAGAGUACCGCUGGUCUCUGCCCACUCAGCAACCCACCAAGGCAGUCUACCAGCCCCCCGCACAGCCGUGGUGAGGCACCUGGACAUGGACAAGUUGCUAUUUUAUCCAGGUGUAGUAACCAGUUAUUGUGGGUGGGCUGUAAUGCUGUUUGUGCUUCGUGGGUGGGUUGCUGGACUAACCAGGGCACUGACCGGCAGGAGGUCAGAUACCCUGUUAGUCUGGAUGGUAAAGGGGAGAAAUGUGGCGAAACCGGCCUCGCCACGUGUCCUUGGAGGGGGCUGCUUGCCCGCCUCUUGCCUUUGGACUAUGGACCAGACUUUAUGUGAAUGUGUUAACCCAGAUAGCUAUGCCAUGGAGCCCAUUCGUGUAGUUAAAGACUUCGGCUCCAUGGCAAUUGAACUGUGUGAAUAGGAUCUAAGUGCUAUUCGGUAGUUUUGUGCGCUCAGAUCCCAGCUAUCUGGGGAUAUGUGACAUGUCUGUGUUUUAUGUAUAAAUGUAUAGUAUGUAUUUUUAUGUCUUUUGUUGUCCUUUGUCUGCCACGUGGCUAAUGGAGUCUUGUGUCUGUCCUGGGAGAUAAUUGAAUUACUUCUCACUUAUCUCCAGGAUAGAAGACUCUGAAACUGGUUUGGGCCAGAAAGCCAUGCUUCAUUUAGUCACAAAGGACUUUCCCUUAACUUUUGAACCCCUGGUCUGAUUCGUGCCAUUUUUUAAUAUGUUGUUCCCCUGAAUGGAUUGAUUAUGAAAAUGUAUGUUUUAUGUUUGUGACAUGUAUAUUUUAGAAGUUAUAAAUAUGGUGUAAAAACUGUAUUCCUCUGCCGGUGAUAAUGAGAUUACCCAUUGUGUUCAGUAAUCAUAUCACAGACAGAGGGGAGGAUUUUGUGUGGGAGUGUCUGGGUGUAUUGUACGGAUUGAUUGGUUGUUUUGUAACGCCCUGUGGGCUGUACCAUGUUUGUGGAUUGGGAAUAAAAGAGACUGUAUGUGACAGUACAGGAAGUUCCUGUUUUAACCCUCAAAGUGAAGUGUUGUCUCAUUAUUGGGGGAAGGAUUUAUUGUAUGCUGUUCCAGUUUGACUGCUAGGAGAGUAAACCUAUUUGUAUGGUUCCUAUUCAACUGUCUACAGCAUUCAUAUGCUUGAGAGGAUUCAUAUGCUUCUCCGGUUCGGUGGUUGUGGUGUCUGCUGCAGUGCUUGGAGUCCUCAGGAAGUGCUAGGAGCAUCCUUUAACGGAAAUACCCAGUCGGGGUGCCAGGCGAUCCGUUACACUGCCAAAGACCUACCUAAGGGGUUAAAUGACUUUAUUACCUAUGUGAUGCAGAUCGAUAAUAGACUCAGAACCAGGGAAAUUACUAGAAACAGAACUAGACGUUUGACUUUGUAACUAGCACCUCGAUUCUCCAAACCUGGUGUCCCUGACCUCUCGACACUGUGUGAACCCGAACCUAUGCAGUUAGGGGUUACAGGACUGUCUGAGGCAGAGAAACAGUGUAGGAGAAAAGAGGGUCUAUGCUUAUAUUGUGGCAAGAAAGGGCAUAUGAGAAAUGCUUGUCCUAUACAUCCGGAAAACUUCCGCACCUAAGAACCUUAAGGAGACAGGUCUUAGGUGUAAUGGAUAUGUCCACUAGUAAUUCCCGAAGCAGAUUUCUCCUUGAGGAGAACUUUUCAUGCAAAGCCCUGGGCUGGCUGGUAACUUUAUUGAUUUGUAUUUUGUUAAAAAAAACACACCAUACCAGACAAGGAGAGAUCAUCACCUCUAGCUGUUGAGGCUAUUGAUGGGAGACCCCUAUCUCAACCUCUUAUUACCCAUGAGACUUUGCCUAUUUGCAUUAUGAUAGGAGCUUUGCAUAAGGAAGACAUUACUUUCCAGAUAAUCGCUUCCCCUUCUUGUCCCAUCGUAUUAGGGUUCCCUUGGCUCAUCAAACAUAACCCUCAUAUUGACUAGACUAGGGGGGAAAUACUGGAAUGGGGUAGAGACUGUCAGGAAAGCUGCAUGUUACCCAUUUCUAAAAAAAGUGGGCAUCGUUGCUUUACCCGUUGCUUCGUCUCCUGAAAUUCCCAUACAGUAUUGGGAGGAUAGAUAAGCAUUUAGUAAAAGCCAGAGUAAUGCUCUUCCUCCACACAGAUCUUAUGAUUGUUCCAUUGAUUGUUUCAUUGAUAUAUCCUAUCCCAACAAGAAAGUAAAAUCAUGGAUGAGUACAUCAAGGAAUCUUUAAGUAAAGGCCAUAUACGUAAAUCAUCCUCGCCUGCUGGUGCAGGGUUCUUUUUUUGUAGCUAAGAAAGGUGGAGAAUUACAACCUUGCAUAGACUACAGGGCAUUAAACAAGAUUACUAUCAAAAAUGCCUAUCCCAUUCCCUUUAUAUCCAAAUUGUUUGAUAGAUUCCAGGGUGCUAAGAUCUUCACUAAGCUUGACCUUAGGAGUGAGUACAAUUUGGUGAGAAUUAGGGAGGAUUAUGAAUGGAAGACGGCGUUUAACACUAGGAGUGGGCACUACGAAUAUCUUGUUAUGUCUUUCGGGUUAUGUAAUGCUCCGGACGUAUUUCAAGACUUCAUUAAUGAUUUACUCAGAGACUAUAUUUACUAUUUUGUGCUUGUACAGGUGAUACUCGAAAAAUUAGAAUAUCGUGCAAAUGUUCAUUUAUUUCUGUAAUGCAACGUAAAAGGGGAAACUAAUAUAUACAUGCAAAGCAAGAUAGUUCAAGCUGUGAGUUGUCAUAAGUGCGAUGAUUAUUGCUUACAGUCCUACCCUGAGUUCGUGUAAACGCUGGCUGUUGGUAAUGUUCAUGCUCAUGAUAAGGUUGUGUCUUCAGUCAGGAUACUUCCAGGAGGCGGAGUAUACAUAAUGACGUCUACUCCUGGUCAGAUGACGUGUUCGCGAUCGGCUUCUUCAAAUCGCAACUUAGGAUCCGGUGAUAUCUUCUACUAAGCACUUUUAUUCGUAUAUGUGGAAAUAAAGCUGUUCAUUUAUCCUUACUGGCUACAGUGAAAGUCUCUCUCUAUAUAUUUGGGCUAUUCAAGGUAGAGCUGUCACGGUAGUUUACCCCUACACGCAAUACUUAGUUCAACAAUCGACAGAUAGAGCAGAUACGACUUACCGGACCUAGAAUGGCCAGACUCGCCGUAUAGCAGAGAAUAGACAGAGUCAAGAACAAGCCGAGGUCAAGGGAACAAAGAGACAGCGAGAACAAAAACUAGCCAAGGUCUGGUACACAGUAGUCAGUAAGCCGGCAAACAAGACAAAACAGGGAUAGAAAGAUAAACGGAGUCAGAUACAAAUCCAAGGUCAAGUACGAAAAUCACAACUGAACACAACAAGCGCUAAAGGGAACUGAAACAGAAACCACGAUAGGGCAGGGAGUUAAGGGAGAGGUAAGUAUAAAUACCCUAAACUUUACUUUGACUGGCCCCUGUCAUAUCCACGCCCCCAAAAUGUGAGUGUCUGGGGAAUGUGGGAUGACAGGGGCCAAUGGGAGCACAUUUCAUCUUUUGGCUCCCACUGCCCCUUUAAGAGCGUGCCCGAGACGCGCAGCACGCUCUUAGAGCUAGGCGGGACACGUGACCGCAUCUCACGGCCCAUGCCCGCCUUCAUUCGAGAGCCGCGCACGGCGGUAAGUGAGGACCUUGGCCGGCCCCCGGGUAAGGUAAGUACCGCUACAAGAACAGACUCAUCUGCUCUAUGUUUGUGAGUGAAUUUCUUAUCUCACUAUUAACUCAGUACUUCUUACCCUGCAAUACUAUAUAUGUUUUGUAUUCUCUUUUAUGUACUGCAAUUGGAGCUGUGACUUACUGCAGAUAUAAUAUUAGUGUAAGUCAAAAUUAAUUAAUUUAUGCACUAUAUCACUUUGAAGUGGUUUUUGCAAUCUGCAUUUUUAGAUCACAUAUGUGCUGAUCGUUUGUAUACACCUCAUCACUUGUGAGUGAAACAGUAUGUUGCACUUUAUUUCACACAGCUGAUGCUGCUAAAUGAAUUUGCACUUUGAAUUUUAGCGCACCUUUUUCUGUUUUUAUCAUACUUCCUGUCGCACAUAUUAUGCUAAGAAUAUAUUAAUAUUUUCUUAGCAUAAUAUGUGUGACAUAAACUCCAUUUUGAUUCUCAAAACGAUGAUCAAAUUAGCUUUUGGAUAAUCAAAAUAAGAGUCAUAAGAUAUAUUUAUAACAUCCAAUCACAACAUUUGAAAUAACAUUUUUACAUUUAUAUCACAAAGACUUAAACAAUCAUAUUCCUGUAAUUCUAGUUAAUAAAAAAAAUUUCACACUAAAAAUAAUCAACCAAAUCUCAAUGAUUAUCAUUAAUAUGUCAAUCGCAGUACUAGUAUGUGUAGACCAAUGAGCAGGAGUGAUAAUGUCAUUGUCUUUCUCUGAGUACUUUAAUUUGAGUACUUUAAUGUGUCCACAGAAAUAUUUUUCUUUUUUUAUAGACAUUUGUAUAGUGUAGCUAGCUAGGCUUGUGGUCCAGUAUAAAUUUUAGAUCAUGAUUAGUUGGUAUACAGGAAGUUUUGAAACACAUCGUUAACUUGAACUCCACAACAUCAGUAUAUAUGGGAUAUAGUGUGACAUCACCUAUAGUGACACGUGAGUCUUGGGAUACUUUAAACAGUAAUACUGAAGAAGAUAAAGCAAUCACCUUAUUAAUAGCUUGAUCCUUCCAAAAUAGACUCAUGUUUUGCUGACCAAACAUUGAUGCCUCACUAAAAUAUGUGUACUAGGGCAUUGUCACUGGUUUUGGUCAUAGUUACUUGACAUUUUUCAGAACCAUGUUUAAUGUAUUCAAUCCCACAAAAAACAUAUGUAGAGUCAUACACAAAAGGUUUUCCAUCGCAUUGGAAAUUAUUACCCUUGAACUUGACACAAUCUGUCAAAAGAGGUUGGAAAGCCAAUACCUCUAUGGGGUUUGUAUUCUCACAUGGAUAUCAUCCUUCCAUAUUCCUACAUUAUGUAUGUUUUUUUUAUCUGAAAAAUGUUCCUCUGUGUAACUUAAGGAAUUGAUCAUAGAAAACUGUAACGAAUUCAUCCGCUUAUGGUAAAGUGGAUAAUGGUAUUUAUCACAAAAAAGAUUAGGUGUACACUCAGUAUUGGAAAUUAAUGAUAAAAACCACCACUGGUGUGCAUAUGGAGCGCUUACAAAUUUGUUGACUCACCCAUAUGGGCUAACAGAAGUAUUACUUUAACACUGUUUAUUUCAGACAGGUACUGGAAGAGGUACUAGUAAACAGAUUUUUGUAAUGCUAAUACAUUAGAUUGUUUUAAUUUGAUCACAGUAUUUAUUUAUAAAAUAUUUUACCAGGAAAGAUACAUUGAGAUUUCUCUCAUUUUCAAGUAUGUCCUGGGUCCACAAAACAUUGCAUUGACACAAUAGGGUACACUAAAAUACAAAAACAAUAUUAAUACACAACAUAUACAAAAUUUGACAUAGAACAGGUAGGAAAUAUAUCAUCAACCAUGACAGGUGCAUUCUGUUUUGAGAUAUGUAGAGGGAUCUCUUAAAGGUCGUUCCAUAAUUGCGGUGCUCUGUAGGAAAAGGAGGAUCGGGCUGCUUUCUUAUUGUAUUGAGGUAAACUAAAUAAAGUACUGGUACUGGAUCGGAGGUUAUAGGAGGUGGGAAUAGCCGGGGAGAGCAUUCUGCUCAGGUAGGGUGGGAGCUUCCCAGAAAAGCUCUUAAACACAAGGCUGGAAAGAUGAAGGGUGCGUCUGGAUUCCAGCAACAGCCAGUUUAGUUAUUUUAGCAUGUCACAAUGGUGGGUCAUGUAAUUACAUUGUAGCACAAAUCGGCAGAACGAGUUAUACAAUGUAUUGAGUUUAUUAAGGUGGGUUUGCAGUGCAGGUGCAUAUACUACAUCCCCAUAAUCAACGAUUGGCAUCAGCAUUUGCUGAAGAAUAUUAAUACACAAUAUAUAGAACAUUUAACAUAGAACAGGUAGGAAAUAUAUAAUCAACCAUGACACGUGCAUUCUGUUUUGAGGUAUGUAGAUCCACCCACAAUAACAGUCCAGUACCAUGAUACCGGGCAGAUCCCCUCUGCACAAGAGCUAGCGCAAAUCAGAUGAUCAUUUCAAUCUUGGUGUACCUCGUCAUUGAUGUGAGGCUUGAACACCUCUUGGCACAACUGAGCAAUGGAUUUGUGACUGGAAUACGAUUUUACCUUUUAAACUAAAGCCAAGUAAAAUAGAACUUUAUUAGUCCACAAGAUAAUAUGCUAUCCUCAGACAAGGGGCAAAAGAAGACAAAGAUAAUAUGUCUAAUAGGAAAGAUAGCAGAAAUGUGUAAAAAGAGCGGUAGAAAAAAAAGUAUAUUCACAAAUUCACAUUAAUGUACCACCAAACUAAGUAGAGGAUCUCAUACCUGUUAGAAAAGUAGUUGGAAAUGUUUAGUCAUAUUAUGGAUAAAGACUGUAAGCCAGUGAUUACAGCCAACCAGAUCCACAGGUGGGGUAUUUAAACCCAAUUCUCCUCUUGCUCAGUGCCCUGUUGUGGUUUCAUGCCUAUGGCUAUCUGAGAGUGCGUUCCUGGUCUUGAUUUUCUGGUAUUUGACUUUGGCUUUGUUUUGACUUCCCUGAUAUCUGGUAUCCUUGACUUUUGGCUUUCCCUCAUCUUUGUGUCUGAUUCUGUGUCCCUGACCUCGGCAAGUAUUUUGACUAUUCUUGGAGACGUUAAGUCCGGCAAUUCUAAUGUCCGGUUAUACGUUAUCCUUAGUCCUAGGUGUGACACAGUACUGCGUGCUGGAUCAACUUGUAAUCCUGACAUUACGACAUGGCCAUAGAUCCUGCAGAAUUGUGUCAGCACAUAGCAGCUUGUGAGAGAAAGCUAGAGGAGAAUAAUCACCGUAUGGAUCAAUUUGCCCAGGCUUUUAGCACAUUCUUACUAGGAUGGCUCAUUUAUAACCUGAGGCUUCUCCAAUUAUUUCACCACUGCCUUAUGUACAUCCACCUAUAGUAUAUAAGGCACCUACGAUCUCCUUUUCUCCUCCCCUGCCUUUUUCUGGUAAUAUCCAGGAAUGUAGGGGAUUUCUCAAAUAGAUUGAGUACCACUUUGAGGCCUCACCUGGUUCAUUUCCUUCAUAUAGAGCUAAAAUUGGGUAUCUGAUGAACCAACUUAAAGGUAAGGCCUUAACCUGGGCUAAUCCACUGUGGGAAAGUAAUAGGGGUAUCGCUCAUGUUACCAGGUAUUCCUGGCGGAAUUCAAACUGACGUUUGAACCAUUAGGCAGAGAGGAAGACGCCUCCACUGCCCUAAUGCAUAUAAAACAAGGGAACCAGUCUAUCUCGAUUGCUAAACUUUUCAAUAGUCUAUAACACAUGCCUACUCUGCCCCCCUCUCCCCCUCCCCCUCUCACACUCUCCUUUUCCCCUCCCCAGUCGUAAAUACCUUCAUUGACUGUUCUAUCUCUAUUCCUCAGGCCUCACUUCACAAUCAACUCAGUGAAGACUCUCAUUUUCUCCCCACUUCCCACCCACCCUCCCCUCCUCCCACCCACCCAGGCUCCCCUUAAAUAUAUAGCAUGCUCCUCCAGCUGUUCGAGAUUCUCACCCAAUUACCUGUUCAUUCCCCUAACAUCUUACCAAUAGCUGCUUCUCUGUUAACUCUUUCAGCCAUCACCUCCAAACUUCCCCUGCUACCUUUUGUCUCAAAUCCCCCUGGUAUCCUUUAGAUUGUAAGCUCAAGGGCCAUCUAGCUAAGCACUUUGUAUAAAAGAGCUCCAAUGGCUAGAUAUCAGCUUACGGGCAGGGCUCUCUUACCUCUUGUAUUUGUUCGUGUAUAUUGUACGUUUCUCAACUAAUUGUACAGCGCUGCGGAAUCUGUGUGCGCUUUAUAAAUUGCAAUAAUAAUAAUAAUAAUAAUAAUUAUGCCAUAGAAUUUUAUACCUUGGCAUCUGAGGUAGACUGGACUAACAACGGACUUUAUGAAAUUGCUGCCUGUGGCGAAACCGGCCUCGCCAUGUGUCCUUGGAGGGGGCUGCUUGCCCGCCUCUUGCCUUUGGACUAUGAACCAGACUUUAUGUGAAUGUGUUAACCCAGAUAGCUAUGCCAUGGAGCCCAUUCGUGUAGUUAAAGACUUCGGCUCCAUGGCAAUUGAACUGUGUGAAUAGGAUCUAAGUGCUAUUCGGUAGUUUUGUGCGCUCAGAUCCCAGCUAUCUGGGGAUAUGUGACAUGUCUGUGUUUUAUGUAUAAAUGUAUAGUAUGUAUUUUUAUGUCUUUUGUUGUCCUUUGUCUGCCAUGUGGCUAGUGGAGUCUUGUGUCUGUCCUGGGAGAUAAUUGAAUUACUUCUCACUUAUCUCCAGGAUAGAAGACUCUGAAACUGGUUUGGGCCAGAAAGCCAUGCUUCAUUUAGUCACAAAGGACUUUCCCUUAACUUUUGAACCCCUGGUCUGAUUCGUGCCAUUUUUUAAUAUGUUGUUCCCCUGAAUGGAUUGAUUAUGAAAAUGUAUGUUUUAUGUUUGUGACAUGUAUAUUUUAGAAGUUAUAAAUAUUGUGUAAAAACUGUAUUCCUCUGCCGGUGAUAAUGAGAUUACCCAUUGUGUUCAGUAAUUAUAUCACAGACAGAGGGGAGGAUUUUGUGUGGGAGUGUCUGGGUGUAUUGUAUGGAUUCAUUGGUUGUUUUGUAACGCCCUGUGGGCUGUACUAGGUUUGUGGAUUGGGAAUAAAAGAGACUGUAUGUGACAGUACAGGAAGUUCCUGUUUUAACCCUCAAAGUGAAGUGUCAUCUCAUUAUUGGGGGAAGGAUUUAUUGUAUGCUGUUCCAGUUUGACUGCUAGGAGAGUAAACCUAUUUGUAUGGUUCCUAUUCAACUGUCUACAGCAUUCAUAUGCUUGAGAGGAUUCAUAUGCUUCUCCGGUUCGGUGGUUGUGGUGUCUGCUGCAGUGCUUGGAGUCCUCAGGAAGCGCUAGGAGCAUCCUUUAACGGAGGUACCCAGUCGGGGUGCCAGGCGAUCCGUUACAUUGGUGGCAGCGGUGGGAUGGCGUCCUAGUGCGAGGUAAAGCAGCUCAGAAACACAGUUCGUUUGGAGUUACAAUUUGAGGGCAACGCCAGUACCCGUACAGCGCCCCUAUCUACGAAAGAACUCAGAAAAUGGAGGAGAAGUUGCAAGAUAGAUUGUACGGUUACGUAUCCCUGAGGUCGGGAGCAGUGUCAGAGGAAGACAUGUUGAGGUACAGAGAGAGUGCCAGAGCUGAGUUGUGGGACGAAGCCCUAGAGGAAGUACAGUAUUCGCGAGGGGAUCGGCGCCACAGCAGAAGGCAGCAAAUCCUGGCUCGAAUGGCAGAGCGGAUGCCCCUCCUGAGGAAAAAGACCGAAGAAGCGUGGGUGAUUAGACUCGAGAUUUUAGUAUAUGCAGAACUGGCGCUCGACGACGCAUACCAGGCGAUACAGUGGUAUGCAGCUCAGUGUGUCCCCGAGUUGGCAGAGUAUGAGUUCCCAGAUGGCGGAGGUUACGCUGGCCCUGGCCUAUUUUGAGACAAUAUUGACGAUGAGGACUUUGGGAAAGCUACUGACUCUCGUUUUUGGGACCUGUGUUACGACCGAGAAGACAUGCUGGGGCUCCCUAGCGCUAUUGACCUCGAGGCAGACAUACAGUAUUUGGUCACCAAGGAAUGGAACCUGGAGUGGGAUUACCUGCGACCCAUCAAUGAGGCCUGGGAAGAGACAGCCGGUCCUCUUUCCCAACAGCAACCAGCGGUACCCGAGGUAGCGGACCUCCUAGACUGGUCCUGCGAGGGUCCCCAGCGGCAGUGUGUGUCCCAGGGAGCAGAAGGUGCCGUCCUUCCUCCCCAGCGGCAGUGUGAGCUACAGGGAGCUGAAGGUGUCGUCCUUCCUCCCCAGCGGCCGUGUGUGUCCCAGGGAGCAGAAGGUGUCGUCCUUCCUCCCCAGCGGCAGUGUGUAUCCCAGGGAGCUGAAGGUGUCGUCCUUCCUCCCCAGCGGCAGUGUGUACCCCAGGGAGCAGAAGGUGCCGUCCUUCCUCCCCAGCGGCAGUGUGUAUCCCAGGGAGCCAAAGGUGUCGUCCUUCCUCCCCAGCGGCAGUGUGUACCCCAGGGAGCUGAAGGUGCCGUCCUUCCUCCCCAGCGGCAGUGUGUACCCCAGGAAGCAGAGACCGUCUGUCUCGCACCCCAGCCGCAGGACAAAAUAUUGAAAGGGGAGACAGUUGGUCCCCCUCUCCACCAGCAAAGAGAGUGUCAGGGAGAGGAGCAGGUUACCCCCUCUCCCCAGCGGCAGUCUACAGUUCAGAGAGAGGAGCUUGUUACACCCUCUCUCCAGCUGCAGCCUAACCCACCAAGGGGAGAUGUUAAGCCCCACAACUAUGCAGGUGGGACCGUCGUCUCUGCACUUACAGCACCAGGGGUAGGGACGGUCAGUCCUGUCCCCCAGCCACAGAGCAGUGUAUCCAGAGGGGAGACAGUCGGUCUCCCCCUCCCACAACCAGGCUCCAACCAGGCUACUUCAGUGGUAGCGCUGGCACCCGGGCAGAGUACCGCUGGUCUCUGCCCACUCAGCAACCCACCAAGGCAGUCUACCAGCCCCCCGCACAGCCGUGGUGAGGCACCUGGACAUGGACAAGUUGCUAUUUUAUCCAGGUGUAGUAACCAGUUAUUGUGGGUGGGCUGUAAUGCUGUUUGUGCUUCGUGGGUGGGUUGCUGGACUAACCAGGGCACUGACCGGCAGGAGGUCAGAUACCCUGUUAGUCUGGAUGGUAAAGGGGAGAAAUGUGGCGAAACCGGCCUCGCCACGUGUCCUUGGAGGGGGCUGCUUGCCCGCCUCUUGCCUAUGGACCAGACUUUAUGUGAAUGUGUUAACCCAGAUAGCUAUGCCAUGGAGCCCAUUCGUGUAGUUAAAGACUUCGGCUCCAUGGCAAUUGAACUGUGUGAAUAGGAUCUAAGUGCUAUUCGGUAGUUUUGUGCGCUCAGAUCCCAGCUAUCUGGGGAUAUGUGACAUGUCUGUGUUUUAUGUAUAAAUGUAUAGUAUGUAUUUUUAUGUCUUUUGUUGUCCUUUGUCUGCCACGUGGCUAAUGGAGUCUUGUGUCUGUCCUGGGAGAUAAUUGAAUUACUUCUCACUUAUCUCCAGGAUAGAAGACUCUGAAACUGGUUUGGGCCAGAAAGCCAUGCUUCAUUUAGUCACAAAGGACUUUCCCUUAACUUUUGAACCCCUGGUCUGAUUCGUGCCAUUUUUUUAUAUGUUGUUCCCCUGAAUGGAUUGAUUAUGAAAAUGUAUGUUUUAUGUUUGUGACAUGUAUAUUUUAGAAGUUAUAAAUAUGGUGUAAAAACUGUAUUCCUCUGCCGGUGAUAAUGAGAUUACCCAUUGUGUUCAGUAAUCAUAUCACAGACAGAGGGGAGGAUUUUGUGUGGGAGUGUCUGGGUGUAUUGUACGGAUUGAUUGGUUGUUUUGUAACGCCCUGUGGGCUGUACCAUGUUUGUGGAUUGGGAAUAAAAGAGACUGUAUGUGACAGUACAGGAAGUUCCUGUUUUAACCCUCAAAGUGAAGUGUUGUCUCAUUAUUGGGGGAAGGAUUUAUUGUAUGCUGUUCCAGUUUGACUGCUAGGAGAGUAAACCUAUUUGUAUGGUUCCUAUUCAACUGUCUACAGCAUUCAUAUGCUUGAGAGGAUUCAUAUGCUUCUCCGGUUCGGUGGUUGUGGUGUCUGCUGCAGUGCUUGGAGUCCUCAGGAAGUGCUAGGAGCAUCCUUUAACGGAAAUACCCAGUCGGGGUGCCAGGCGAUCCGUUACACUGCCAAAGACCUACCUAAGGGGUUAAAUGACUUUAUUACCUAUGUGAUGCAGAUCGAUAAUAGACUCAGAACCAGGGAAAUUACUAGAAACAGAACUAGACGUUUGACUUUGUAACUAGCACCUCGAUUCUCCAAACCUGGUGUCCCUGACCUCUCGACACUGUGUGAACCCGAACCUAUGCAGUUAGGGGUUACAGGACUGUCUGAGGCAGAGAAACAGUGUAGGAGAAAAGAGGGUCUAUGCUUAUAUUGUGGCAAGAAAGGGCAUAUGAGAAAUGCUUGUCCUAUACAUCCGGAAAACUUCCGCACCUAAGAACCUUAAGGAGACAGGUCUUAGGUGUAAUGGAUAUGUCCACUAGUAAUUCCCGAAGCAGAUUUCUCCUUGAGGAGAACUUUUCAUGCAAAGCCCUGGGCUGGCUGGUAACUUUAUUGAUUUGUAUUUUGUUAAAAAAAACACACCAUACCAGACAAGGAGAGAUCAUCACCUCUAGCUGUUGAGGCUAUUGAUGGGAGACCCCUAUCUCAACCUCUUAUUACCCAUGAGACUUUGCCUAUUUGCAUUAUGAUAGGAGCUUUGCAUAAGGAAGACAUUACUUUCCAGAUAAUCGCUUCCCCUUCUUGUCCCAUCGUAUUAGGGUUCCCUUGGCUCAUCAAACAUAACCCUCAUAUUGACUAGACUAGGGGGGAAAUACUGGAAUGGGGUAGAGACUGUCAGGAAAGCUGCAUGUUACCCAUUUCUAAAAAAAGUGGGCAUCGUUGCUUUACCCGUUGCUUCGUCUCCUGAAAUUCCCAUACAGUAUUGGGAGGAUAGAUAAGCAUUUAGUAAAAGCCAGAGUAAUGCUCUUCCUCCACACAGAUCUUAUGAUUGUUCCAUUGAUUGUUUCAUUGAUAUAUCCUAUCCCAACAAGAAAGUAAAAUCAUGGAUGAGUACAUCAAGGAAUCUUUAAGUAAAGGCCAUAUACGUAAAUCAUCCUCGCCUGCUGGUGCAGGGUUCUUUUUUUGUAGCUAAGAAAGGUGGAGAAUUACAACCUUGCAUAGACUACAGGGCAUUAAACAAGAUUACUAUCAAAAAUGCCUAUCCCAUUCCCUUUAUAUCCAAAUUGUUUGAUAGAUUCCAGGGUGCUAAGAUCUUCACUAAGCUUGACCUUAGGAGUGAGUACAAUUUGGUGAGAAUUAGGGAGGAUUAUGAAUGGAAGACGGCGUUUAACACUAGGAGUGGGCACUACGAAUAUCUUGUUAUGUCUUUCGGGUUAUGUAAUGCUCCGGACGUAUUUCAAGACUUCAUUAAUGAUUUACUCAGAGACUAUAUUUACUAUUUUGUGCUUGUACAGGUGAUACUCGAAAAAUUAGAAUAUCGUGCAAAUGUUCAUUUAUUUCUGUAAUGCAACGUAAAAGGGGAAACUAAUAUAUACAUGCAAAGCAAGAUAGUUCAAGCUGUGAGUUGUCAUAAGUGCGAUGAUUAUUGCUUACAGUCCUGCCCUGAGUUCGUGUAAACGCUGGCUGUUGGUAAUGUUCAUGCUCAUGAUAAGGUUGUGUCUUCAGUCAGGAUACUUCCAGGAGGCGGAGUAUACAUAAUGACGUCUACUCCUGGUCAGAUGACGUGUUCGCGAUCGGCUUCUUCAAAUCGCAACUUAGGAUCCGGUGAUAUCUUCUACUAAGCACUUUUAUUCGUAUAUGUGGAAAUAAAGCUGUUCAUUUAUCCUUACUGGCUACAGUGAAAGUCUCUCUCUAUAUAUUUGGGCUAUUCAAGGUAGAGCUGUCACGGUAGUUUACCCCUACACGCAAUACUUAGUUCAACAAUCGACAGAUAGAGCAGAUACGACUUACCGGACCUAGAAUGGCCAGACUCGCCGUAUAGCAGAGAAUAGACAGAGUCAAGAACAAGCCGAGGUCAAGGGAACAAAGAGACAGCGAGAACAAAAACUAGCCAAGGUCUGGUACACAGUAGUCAGUAAGCCGGCAAACAAGACAAAACAGGGAUAGAAAGAUAAACGGAGUCAGAUACAAAUCCAAGGUCAAGUACGAAAAUCACAACUGAACACAACAAGCGCUAAAGGGAACUGAAACAGAAACCACGAUAGGGCAGGGAGUUAAGGGAGAGGUAAGUAUAAAUACCCUAAACUUUACUUUGACUGGCCCCUGUCAUAUCCACGCCCCCAAAAUGUGAGUGUCUGGGGAAUGUGGGAUGACAGGGGCCAAUGGGAGCACAUUUCAUCUUUUGGCUCCCACUGCCCCUUUAAGAGCGUGCCCGAGACGCGCAGCACGCUCUUAGAGCUAGGCGGGACACGUGACCGCAUCUCACGGCCCAUGCCCGCCUUCAUUCGAGAGCCGCGCACGGCGGUAAGUGAGGACCUUGGCCGGCCCCCGGGUAAGGUAAGUACCGCUACAAGAACAGACUCAUCUGCUCUAUGUUUGUGAGUGAAUUUCUUAUCUCACUAUUAACUCAGUACUUCUUACCCUGCAAUACUAUAUAUGUUUUGUAUUCUCUUUUAUGUACUGCAAUUGGAGCUGUGACUUACUGCAGAUAUAAUAUUAGUGUAAGUCAAAAUUAAUUAAUUUAUGCACUAUAUCACUUUGAAGUGGUUUUUGCAAUCUGCAUUUUUAGAUCACAUAUGUGCUGAUCGUUUGUAUACACCUCAUCACUUGUGAGUGAAACAGUAUGUUGCACUUUAUUUCACACAGCUGAUGCUGCUAAAUGAAUUUGCACUUUGAAUUUUAGCGCACCUUUUUCUGUUUUUAUCAUACUUCCUGUCGCACAUAUUAUGCUAAGAAUAUAUUAAUAUUUUCUUAGCAUAAUAUGUGUGACAUAAACUCCAUUUUGAUUCUCAAAACGAUGAUCAAAUUAGCUUUUGGAUAAUCAAAAUAAGAGUCAUAAGAUAUAUUUAUAACAUCCAAUCACAACAUUUGAAAUAACAUUUUUACAUUUAUAUCACAAAGACUUAAACAAUCAUAUUCCUGUAAUUCUAGUUAAUAAAAAAAAUUUCACACUAAAAAUAAUCAACCAAAUCUCAAUGAUUAUCAUUAAUAUGUCAAUCGCAGUACUAGUAUGUGUAGACCAAUGAGCAGGAGUGAUAAUGUCAUUGUCUUUCUCUGAGUACUUUAAUUUGAGUACUUUAAUGUGUCCACAGAAAUAUUUUUCUUUUUUUAUAGACAUUUGUAUAGUGUAGCUAGCUAGGCUUGUGGUCCAGUAUAAAUUUUAGAUCAUGAUUAGUUGGUAUACAGGAAGUUUUGAAACACAUCGUUAACUUGAACUCCACAACAUCAGUAUAUAUGGGAUAUAGUGUGACAUCACCUAUAGUGACACGUGAGUCUUGGGAUACUUUAAACAGUAAUACUGAAGAAGAUAAAGCAAUCACCUUAUUAAUAGCUUGAUCCUUCCAAAAUAGACUCAUGUUUUGCUGACCAAACAUUGAUGCCUCACUAAAAUAUGUGUACUAGGGCAUUGUCACUGGUUUUGGUCAUAGUUACUUGACAUUUUUCAGAACCAUGUUUAAUGUAUUCAAUCCCACAAAAAACAUAUGUAGAGUCAUACACAAAAGGUUUUCCAUCGCAUUGGAAAUUAUUACCCUUGAACUUGACACAAUCUGUCAAAAGAGGUUGGAAAGCCAAUACCUCUAUGGGGUUUGUAUUCUCACAUGGAUAUCAUCCUUCCAUAUUCCUACAUUAUGUAUGUUUUUUUUAUCUGAAAAAUGUUCCUCUGUGUAACUUAAGGAAUUGAUCAUAGAAAACUGUAACGAAUUCAUCCGCUUAUGGUAAAGUGGAUAAUGGUAUUUAUCACAAAAAAGAUUAGGUGUACACUCAGUAUUGGAAAUUAAUGAUAAAAACCACCACUGGUGUGCAUAUGGAGCGCUUACAAAUUUGUUGACUCACCCAUAUGGGCUAACAUACAUAUGUAUGGAAAACGUGACUCAUAGCGAUAUAUCUGAAACAAAUGUAAAUGCAAGAAAUAGUGCAGAUAACCUUUUCAAUAAGUGCAGUGAGGGAAUAUUCUAUAUGGUCUCACUCACAUGUAGCAGAGCCCUAUAGGAUAGGCUCAGAUCUCAAUGGCCUGCGUGUGCUUAUGGUGACACAGUACCCAAUCGGUCCUCUAGGCGUCUGGAGAUCCUUAUGCAUACAUGAGAGAGAGAGAGAAAACAAGGGGAAGAGGAGAACCCCUAGUGCGGUCAAUCCCAAUGUACAAUGUCAAAUAGUGCAGAAAAAGUGGCUUCUCACCUGAUGUGGAGCCCUAUACCUGGCUCCUGGUGUGUAGGUGUCUGUGCCUUUAAGGGGGCAACUACCCUUCUUUAAGCAGCAACAAUGGAGGGUGGAUUCCAAAUAUAAAACAAAAUUUAUUAAAUAAAGUAGUAAAAACUUACAAAUAAAAUAUGAGCAAAAUUGUGAGAAAUUAUAAAAUGUGGAAUCUUCAAUCCUCCAGCCGAAACAUGUUUCACUGUACCCAGACAGCAUUUUCAAUCGGUAAUAUAGUUGCUGCUGUUACUUGUUUAAAUACUUUGUACUUCCUCCUGUGUGGUCCUUCAAACUUCCCUCCCUCCAAUCCGCUGGCGUCCUUUUUCAUGAACAGCUGUACUGUGUUAGUAAUGAGAAUGCUCCGGUCUCGGAACAAGUCACGUGACCCGAAGCAUCACGUGCCGCAUCACAAAUUGGGCGUGUUUUCAAUGUAGGGCUCACAGUUCAUGCAAUUCAGAGGGUAUCACCCGAUUGAAAAAGCUGUCUGGGUACAGUGAAACAUGUUUCGGCUGGAGAAUUGAAGAUUCCACAUUUUAUAAUUUCUCACAAUUUUGUUCAUAUUUUAUUUGUAAGUUUUUACUACUUUAUUUAAUAAAUUUUGUUUUACAUUUGGAAUCCACCCUCCAUUGUUGCUGCUUAAAGAAGGGUAGUUGCCCCCUUAAAGGCACAGACACCUACACACAAGGAGCCAGGUAUAGGGCUCCACAUCAGGUGAGAAGCCACUUUUUCUGCACUAUUUGAUAUUGUACAUUGGGAUUGACCGCACUAGGGGUUCUCCUCUUCCCCUUGUUUUCUCUCUCUCUCUCUCUCUCUCAUGUAUGCAUAAGGAUCUCCAGACGCCUAGAGGACCGAUUGGGUACUGUGUCACCAUAAGCACACGCAGGCCAUUGAGAUCUGAGCCUAUCCUAUAGGGCUCUGCUACAUGUGAGUGAGACCAUAUAGAAUAUUCCCUCACUGCACUUAUUGAAAACGUUAUCUGCACUAUUUCUUGCAUUUACAUUUGUUUCAGAUAUAUCGCUAUGAGUCACGUUUUCCAUACAUAUGUAUGUUAACCCAUAUGGGUGAGUCAACAAAUUUGUAAGCGCUCCAUAUGCACACCAGUGGUGGUUUUUAUCAUUAAUUUCCAAUACUGAGUGUACACCUAAUCUUUUUUGUACUAAUCUAUAGGGUAGAGAGUCCCUAUUUGUGUGGUAGCUGCUGUCAUUCUAUUCAAUUAUUAACUGAAAGCGCCUUGAAAACACACAAAUUCUUAUUUCAAUGGUAUUUAUCAUCCUGACAGGAAUAGUUGUGCCCAUUUUCAGCCAUGCGCCCGGAUACCUGAUAAUCCCAGCAUGUCAAGGGACGCCGGCCACUGCGGAUCUAUGCCACCUUAUAGCCCCAUAACGGCCCACGUUGAGAAUGACGGCCCACUUUGAGAAUGACUUCAGCGUGCGCACGUUCUGGGGUCAAAGGAUGAUUACAGCCAAUCGGAAUAACAGGAGGGUUAUUUAAACUUAUUUUUACAUUCUCUCAUUGCCCUGUUGUGGUUUCUGCCUGAUGGUAAUCCGAGAGUACGUUCCUGAUCUUGAUUUCUGGUAUCCUUGACUUUUGGCUUUUUCCCAUCGCUGUGUCUGAUUCUCUAUCCCUGACCUCGGCAAGUAUUCUGACUAUUCUUGGAUACGUUAAGUCCGGGCCAUUCUAAGGUCCGGUCAGAUGUUAUCCUUAGUCCUAGGUGUGAUACUGUUCUGCGUGCAUGAUCAAUUAGUAAUCCUGACAUUAAGACAUUGCCAUAGAUCCUGCAAAAUUGUGUCAGCACAUAGCUCCUUGCGAGAGAAAGCUAGAGGAGAAUGAUCACCGUAUGGAUCAAUUUGCCCAGGCUUUUAGCACACUCCUUAAUCGGAUGGCUCAUUUACAGCCUGAGGCUUCUCCGACUAGGCCUCCACUGCAUUGUGGGUCAAUGGAAAGAGUAGGAGCAUUUCCCAUUUCAUAUACAAGAUUCAAUUGCAUGGGUUCAACUUUUUCUUCAUCUACUUUUGUCAGUAUUGCCCAAAUACAAAAUAAAAAGGAAUACGUCCUCCGGUUAGAUCCGUCAUUCCAGAUUGCACUUCAUCCAAAAACAAAAAUGUGUGGAAUAAACUAAAAGUGUUGUGCAUAAACAAAAGUUCACAUUUCAAUUGAUCAUGACUUUGAUGCAAAUUUAUGAAUUUGGAGAUUAAUUUAAAAUGCAUGUUGGUGGUUAUUAUGGUGUCAUUCAUUGUAACCCCUUGUAAAUCCUUUACAUGCUCUUUCUGUCUUUGCAUUUCCUGUUGAUCAGAAUGACAGUAAAAUUAUAUGGUUUUUUUUAAGAAAAAAAGAUUAAUUCUGCAAGACACGUUUGGUACAUACUUUCAGCUCCGAUGCCUUUAGUGACAAUAAAACAGUAACUCAAAUCUUUCAUUUACAUAGCAAAAAAAGUUUUACUUUCAUGUUAUUAAACUUCCUCAGUGGGUCUGUUCCACAAGUCACAGCCACGUGCUCGGCAAUCAACAGGCCCUCAUUAAUAGGGGCUGCCAAUGCACAAGCGAGGAUGCAUGAAACUUUAAUAAAAUAGCAUAAAUAGUAUAGUGAGAGCAAACUCUAUACACCAAAUGUAAAACAGAUGUAAAAAACAGGCAAUAUUACCAUAUUUUAGGAAUGUCCUAAAAUAAAACAUAAAGAACAUAGUAUAGCCUGUAUAAAAUAGACUAAAAAUAAAUAUAAAAUUGCCCACUCACGUGGUGCUGAGCCGUAAAUAGUGGCUCAGACUAUAAGCGCCUUUUGAGAUAUUCUUGGAGACCACGAUGCUGGAAAAAGCAGGUUUAGUUGAUCGCUGUAAAAAUUCCCUUGUAUAUUGGAUUAAAAAACCAAAUCAAGUAAUACAGGAACAAACUUUAUUUGCAUAAAAUAGCAUAAAAUGGAAUCUCCCAAAUGUAUUGCACUAACGCGUUUCGACCGUAAUGGUCUUUAUCAAAGUGCUAUAGUAUCUAACAAACUUAACAUUUAAAUAUGUUCAAAAAAGGAGCGCUGUAAAUUCUUCGCCGGUUCACUUCCGGUAUCCGGCUAUUAAUCCCGAUCAUCUGAUUUCCGGCUUCCAAUCACGUUGCGUGUCAUAGGGCACUUCCGGGUCCAUGGUCGUGUCUCUCUUGCGUUCCAAUAGAUCUCCGGUUUCAAUUCUAUUUCCGGCUUCCGGUCACAUUGCGUUUCACAGGGCACUUCCGGGUCAGCGGUCGCAUUUCCCCUACGUUUCAAUGGACCUCCGGUCCCAAUCAAAUCAAUGUACUUUCCUCAAAUGUCCCCAAUACACAUAUCCAUUAUAUGAAUAAAAAUGACCAGUCCAUCAAUUUUAUCCUUUAAAGACCAUUACAGUCAAAACGCGUUAGUGCAAUACAUUUGGGAGAUUCCAUUUUAUGCUAUUUUAUGCAAAUAAAGUUUGUUCCUGUAUUACUUGAUUUGGUUUUUUAAUCGAAUAUACAAGGGAAUUUUUACAGCGAUCAACUAAACCUGCUUUUUCCAGCAUCGUGGUCUCCAAGAAUAUCUCAAAAGGCGCUUAUAGUCUGAGCCACUAUUUACGGCUCAGCACCACGUGAGUGGGCAAUUUUAUAUUUAUUUUAAUUUUUGUCUAUUUUAUACAGGCUAUACUAUGUUCUUUAUGUUUUAUUUUUAGGACAUUCCAAAUAUAUGGUAAUAUUGCCUGUUUUUUACAUCUGUUUUACAUUUGGUGUAUAGAGUUUGCUCUUUUGGAUUUGCUAAACCACACAGAUUUAUUUCCAUUAGCCUGGCAAGCAAUUCUCAUUGCUCUCACAUUACCAGUGACCAUUUGUACAUUGGAAGGGUGGUUCAACGCUAUGAGAAGGGUGAAAACCUGGUUGAGCUCGACAAAGGCAGUUGAUCGCUUAUCGGGUUUGCGCAUGAUGAGCACCCAAAGAGCGAAAAUUCAUGAAAACAAAGCACAGCUGAUUAGUAAAGUAAUUGAUAACUUUGUACAAGAUCACAGAUGUUUGCAGUUCCUUUUUCCAGAUCAAUAACCAGUUAACAAUAACUGUAUAAAACGAAUUGAAAAAUGUGAUUGGGAAACUUUAGCAAGAGGGUAGAUGCUUACCGUUUCUAAACUACAACAGUUAUUCAGUUUAUAGCUUUAUUUUCCAAUUUAAAUCAAAACAGUUGUUUUUAUAUAUAUAUAUAUAUAUAUAUAUAUGUAUAUAUAUAUAUAUGUUAAUAUAUUUAAUGUAUUCAAAAUAAAUACGUUUCAAAAUAAAUUCGUUUGUCAUAUAUUUUAAUUGUCAUUUGUUUGUGCACAUUAACAUCAAAUGCAAAUCCUAUUUUUUUUUUUUAUAAUUCAGUUAUAGUGCCUUGAUUAUGGGUGUAUGGCUAAUGUGGUGCAUUGAAUAGUGUUAACUUUAAAGCAGAUUAUAAAUUGCAAAACUCAGUUCAGACAAUGGAUACUUUAUUCUUCCAUUAAGCUUUUACAUCAGGUUUCUCAACCCUUUGCAUGCCUGUGCUUUAUGUGAAAUUGACUUAUUGACUAUGUCACUCCCCUUUUUGAUAUUGUCAAGAAGUGGCAGAGAAUGGAUGUUAUUUAAAUUAUACUCCCCCCCUCCUACCCCCCCUGCAAAAAUUUAUGUUAACGCCCAUGGCCCACGAUCCAUAUUUUCAUUUGUUAACGUAGAUCUUAACUGGUUAAACUGGUUUGUGUCUUGUCUGGCAUAAGGAAGUUUUUAAAUAUUAAUAUGAUUUAUAAGAUUAUUUUUUUCUUUUGAUGGGGUAGGGUGAAACUUUCUCUUAACACAAAGACCCAUACUAAAAGAAUGACAAACAGACAAAAGGGAAAUAGACAUGCAUUAAAACACUCUUUCUCAGAAGAUAGAGAAAGAACAUUAAUUUAUUAACUGUGAUUUAUCUCUUUGAUUUAAGGAUAACUUAAAGAUGGAUGCCUGGUGUCUCACCUAUUUUGUUGUGUUCUCGUUAUGUGUGUCUGCAGACAUCAAUAACAGUAAGUAACAAUGGAGUGUUGGAUGCUUUGUGAAUUGCCAUAGUGCAACAUUGUAUGUUUUUAUUUCCUUAUUCUUUCCCCUUUUUAAUAGUUACUAUUUUAUUCUUCAUCCACUUACUUUUGCUUUCAUUAUAUUUACAAAUUAUAUUUACCCAUCAAUUCUUUUUUUUCUCUUUUUACUAGCCACAAUGGUAAUGAAUAUGGAGACAUUCAUCACUCUGGUACAGGACAUUGAGUCUAGUUUACCAGACUCAUCUGCUCGGGUAGUGGCCAAACAACUGCUUCAUGUAGCCAAAUCUCCAGUUUACACAGGCCAUCUUUCCGAGAGACAGGUCAACAAUGGCCAGAUCCUGCUGGCUCACAAAAUCAUGUGGUCAAAUGAAACAGGAUGCCAAGAGAAAGGAGUAGUAUUAGCUCCAGAUGGUAGUACAGUGGCACCAAGUGCACUGCUUAGGGCAGUGAUAUGGGGUUGGAAACAAGAUUCAGACUGUAAACAAUUGCAGUCUGAAAAUAAAGAAUUGGUGUUGGAAAGAAACAAUUCAGAGCUCAAGAUCAAAAAUUACAUUGGUCACAUGAAUGCAGAAUAUUCAUGUGACCAAUGGUCAUCUUCUAAUGACCAGCAGGGAUUUAGCAUUGAUUCUCUUGAUGAUGUCCUCCCCAUCACUUUGGCUACUUCAUUGGGGUUCGCUUUUCUUGCUCAUGGAAUGACUCUUGACACACCGCUAACAGCUACUGAUGGGUGCUGGGACUCCAUCUCUGCUCCCAGGUUCUUCCAACUGCAAAAUGCCCCGUCCCACGGUGAUUUGACACUAGCUUUUAUAAAUGGUGCUAUGGAUGGUACUAUACUAGGCAAAAGGCUUAGAGAGGAGCCCAAGGAUCUACGUUUGAGCACACUUCUUCAGGAUUAUUAUGAAGAAAAGCCUGCCAGGAGCCCUUUUAGAAGGCAAGAAUUCAACAAAAUACUCGAAGGAGAAGAUUUAGAAGUGGCAAUACUGAGAGGAUUUCAUUGUUAUAGAAAUUCAAAAUUAGGCUGUGGCCUGCACAAUAUCACAGAAGAUCAUUUGAAUUCUGUUAUUGCUGCUGCAGUGAGGGAGUUCAAACAUCAUUUUCUAGGUAAAUAUUACUAAAUAUAUAAGGUUUAUGUAUAAAGAGUAAUUCUGGGGCAAAUAUCUAAAAGUGGUGCAGUCACUAUGGAAACCAAUGGAAUAUUUCUGCUGAUUGCUACACUUUUAAAACUUUGCCUCAGAAUUGCUCUUUAUACAAAACCCUCAAAGUUUGAUCAUCUCUCAACCCCAAGUAACACAUUAACACUGUAUAGAAGUAUGUGGAUCUUUCUUCUUGUCAUGGCAUUUAGUUGAGUUCUAGGAAGUGAGUUGACCUGUAUUUUCUGACAUUGAGUUAAUAAUCUAAAAACUCCACUCGUUGCCCAUGGUAGCUUCCUACACUGUUCUAUUGAUUACUUUGUGAUAAAGUUCCUAUUUAUGUUCUUUUAAUUGGACCCUCUAUCUUUUUCCUUUACAGAAUGUCCAUCUAUAAUUCCUCGCUGUAUGUGGGGAGCGAAGCCAUAUAAUGGAAAUCCUACACUAUUGAAAACUCCACUUUCUCAGAUAUAUAUCCAUCAUACCUACAUACCCUCACAACCAUGCACCUCCUUCCAGGACUGCAGUAAGGAUAUGCAGAGUAUGCAGGACUUUCAUCAGCAAGACCGUGGCUGGGAUGACAUUGGGUACAGGUAUGGAUUGACGAGUAUGAAAAGUAUCUCAACAAGAACUGUGAAUAACAUGGAUAUUGUUGCUUUAUAGUGUAAAUUAAACCUUGCUCCAGGCUGGGAAACUUCUCAAAUAAUUAUUAACUGUUUCUCAUUAUUAAAUGAUCAUCUUAACACCGUUGUCUGAGCUCAAAAACAUAAUGAUGGUAGUGUCUGUCUGUCUGCCAGUGAAUUUCAGCUCUGAGGCUGACAUAUUUCUUUAGAUUACUAGCAAACAGAAAGAUUGUGCAAUCAGGAUUGCUGGUCUCCUCGCUGGGUAUCUAUAGAUUUAUGUUGUCCAUGUGGAUGAAAUUCACACCCUUUGUGUGUAUAGCAUCUGUAGUAGAAAUGCCUCUGCCACGUGUUCUUGGAGGGGCCUGCUUGCCAUCCUCCUGCAAAAAGACUAUGGGCCCUUUAAAAACGAUGUGAACAGACUUGGUUCGUUGGAUUUUAGAUUUGGUUCGGGAACCUAACAGGUGCACGAACCAGAGACCACCCAGGAGCUUGUUAAGCCUAAUUGAUGAUUUAUAACAUUUUCCACCGCAGUGUUCUAAGUGUUCGCCUGGAUGGCCGCUGUUCGCAUGAACGACCACAAGGUGGUGGCUAUCUUGUUCCCGUGUGUGAGAAGGAACAGUCAGACCUCAGCCAAGCUGCAAAGGGGCUACGGUGCUUAUGGUGUCUGGUGCUGUGGUUAUGGUACUCGCUGACAGAUAGGAAGCAGCGAUUGGCGGAGGCACCCAGUCGGGUUGCCAGGCGGGGCGUCACAGCAUCCAUUCCCCAUAUAUAGGGUUUCAGUGUAGUUUUGGCAUCCAUUAAUCUUCUGCAGUUUACCCAUCUUAGAAUAUUGAUUGACAGUGGAACCUAGUUUGAGCUGCUACAGGUACAUAGCAAGUUUGCUAAACUAAGCAACUUUCAAUAUAUUUUUCAGGAGCCAAUGUUAUAAGUGACCCCAUUUUGGGUUCAAUUGGCCUUGUUUCAGAUUUAGCUAAUACUUUUGGUGAAUUUUUAACUCAGAGCAAAUAUUCAACAACUCAGUUCUUUGUGUCAUAUCAUGUGCAGUAAUGUGGCCUCCUAUUGUUCCCUUGGCAUUUGUUACAAAAUGCACUUUCAGGUGGAAUGACUUGUUAUAAAGUAGACUAAUUUAAUAUCCUUUAAUAAGCAGAAUCAUCAAUCAAUGUAUAACAAUGAUAAAACAGGUGAAAGGAGGCCAUCUGUCACCCUCUGUCAUAAAUUAAAAAUGUGCAGCUGCAGCUCAGUUUGACAUUAAAUGAGAGGUCAGACUGAUUGGCGUAAUAGUUUUCAAUAUAUUGUCUUAUAUCUUCUAUUCAAUGUGAACAAUUGUGUUCCUUCAAUUUUUAGCUUUGUGGCUGGGUCAGAUGGGUACCUAUAUGAAGGACGAGGGUGGCAUUGGGUUGGAGCCCACACUAAAGGCCAUAACACUGUGGGUUAUGGAGUGAGCUUCAUUGGAAAUUUCAUGAGUUUACUGCCUGAGGAACCCAUACUAAGUGUGGUAAGGGAUCGCUUUCUUCUAUGUGGCGUCAAGUCUGGGUACAUCUCUCUCAACUACAUACUGAAGGGUCAUCGACAACUGGUCAACACCUCUUGUCCAGGAGAUUCAUUGUACCAAGAGAUACAAAAAUGGAAGAACUUUAAGGUAACUAAGUCUUUUAGUAUAGUACUAGUCCUAACUGUACAUCUCUGUAACAAUGCCUAUCAAUCAUAUUUUUGAGGGGAUUUUUGAUGUAAAUGGUAGUUUUAUAGCUGUUUUUAAAAAGGGCACAAGUGGAUUGAUGCAGUAUUAAAUUAACAUUACGAUGCUGAUACUAAAAUGAGGUAUGUUACGUAAAUCAGUAUCUUGUUAAAUUUGCCCAAAACAAAGAGACAAUACCAGCCCGUCUGAUUGAGAAGAAUAAUUAGUAGGUGAGUGUGUGAAAAAUAGUAUUGUCUAUUACUAGCCCUUGGUUUCAUUAGUUUGUGACAUGCACAUGCAUGCUGCUAUUAUAACUAACAAUCUGGACGAGGGUGGUGUACUUGUUGCUAAUAUUUCUAGCAGUGGGUUGGAGCAGCAUCAUAACUAGUACUGUAUGUGUGUUAUUGUUUCUGGUGGUGCUGUGUUUGUGACAUGAAUCAAUGCUGCAGAAUAUAAUUAGUACUUUGUGGGCUAUACUGUAGAAGGUUCUGGAUAUAACUAAUAAUGGGUUUGUGUAGAGGUACUGCAAUAUAUAACUAGAAUUGUGUGGGCUAUACUGUAGAAGGCGCUGGAUAUAACUAAUAAUGGGUUUGCAUGGAGGUGCUGUAAUAUAUAACUAGUACUUUGUGGGAGAUGUAACAUAGCAGCAGUUGAUUCUAACUAGCACUGGGUGAGAAAAAGUAAAAGAUGAGUAUAACUUCUACUGUAUGUUAGUAAGAUAGACGUUGUUUAGUAUAUCUAGUACUGUGCUUUUAAAAAUCAAAACUAGCCUAUGUUUGUGAUGCAGUGCUGUGUAAAACUGUCCCUGGAUGUGCAUAUAAAUAGAUAUAUGUAUGCUUUCUUUUCAGGAGUCCUGAAGAGAUUGUAGAAUGUCAUCAACCUUCAUUUUAACAGUUAAUGUUGUACACAUGCUCUGUUGCAUCCAAUAAAAAUUGGUAUUUCAAAUUAGUCUCUGUGUAACCACAUUUUUGCAUAACCGUGCUUGGUUAUAGGCCCAGUCUAUAAAAUCUUGCGACAAG